GGGACCUGAUUGACUAGUGCCAAAUACACUGACCGUGACUGCCUGGGGACCUGAUUGACUAGUGCCAAAUACACUAACAGUGACUGCCUGGGGACCUGAUUGACUAGCGCCAAAUACACUGACAGUGACUACCUGCCAGCACCCCCUCUCCCCAAACUACAGUCUCUGUGUGCCUUUAUCCAGGAAUUCCCCCAUAUACCAUCACCAUUAAUAUUUAUAGUACAUGGCAGUAUCAGCACCUACAGUAACUGUAACUCUGCCUGUCACGUGGUUUCUGUGUGUUCGAAGCUCCGGAUAGUGUAUCCCUGCAGCCUGAACAUUCCACUGAUCUCCGAGAAGCUGUCACUCACAAGCUGCUCUCUGCUCCUUGACGUGGCACUGGGCGCCGCCAUGCUGGUGACGUCACACGGUGCGCUGCCCGGCUGCUGAGAGAGCUAGCGGUAGGAGCUGGGGAGUGAGACCAGGGAGGUAAGUGAAAGGGGGCUGUGAGUGUGAGUGAAAGGGGGCUGCGAGGUGGGUGAGACACGUAGACACUCCAAAGUGAGUGAAGACAGUGUAUGGGGGAGGCUGAGUGUGAGUGACAGCUCUGAGCAGGGCAGUGAGUGAGGUAUGGGGGAGAGGAAGGGUUAAUGGGGAAAGUCUGAACUUAGCGGAGUAUGAGUGAAGUUUCUCCUACCAGUGAGUGCUGCCUCACUGUGAGAGUAGGUGUCACUCACUCUCAUUCAUGACCUGCUGGAGGGUAUAUUUGAAUUACUGUACAUUAAAUAAAGAACCACUAGGUUUUCUGAUCUAAGGGUUUACUUACUAAAUAGUGAAUCUAGUGAUCAAUUGACAAGCACGUUUAGGCUGAAAUAUUAAAGUUGGACACGUUCUCCACUCUGUCUACUUUGUAACUAUUGUCUGUGUUCCCAAGAACUCUCUGUUUAGUGAAUAAACCCUUUAUUGUAGAAGUGAUGGCUCAGUCUGAUUAGCACUUAGUCAAAAUUCUGUUGGGUUUAUUUAUAUUAAAACUGGUUAUAUCAUCAAUGUGUUUUCAUAAAUUAUAGGCACAGUUUCAGUGCAUUUAGUAAGCGCCCAGGCGGGGGUUAAAUAACUAAAAUCAAAGAAGAUAAGACAAGUACAUAUCUUUCUAAGGAUGCUAAGACUGAAAGUAGUUUACACUAAUUCAAAUUAGCUUUUUUUUUUUUUUUAUCAGAUAAACAGCUGAAAAGUUGCCACCAGUCUCACUCUAAAAUUGUAUUUUUAUGAACAUACUACUUUUUUUUGGGUGGGGGGUACUUUUAUAAUUAGUAAUGCUUAGAUAACGCUUACUUAAGGUAGCAGUAAUUUUAAUGUGUCUGAAAGUUUGCAUAUUCCCUAAAUCUCCCCAAUAACACGUAAAAUACGGGUGCCCUGUUUAACUAUAUGAGUAAUUUAGUGAUUUUCAAAUUAUUGGUAUCGAUAGCUGAGCUUGAAAAAAAUCCUGAUAAUUCACAGUGAAUUACUCAAUAUUAAUACCGCCCCCAUCCUAUAACCCAUGUUUAUCAAGUAAAAUUGCUUUUAUAGAGCUGUAGAUGUCUUAUUUAUGUACACACAUUACUUAUUGUUUAACAUUAUCAUGCACAUUUUAUGUAGAUGGAGUAUAAGUUGCAGAAAAGAGUAUCUUCUGUCUUCUACAGGUUAAAAACCAAUAAUGUGAAAUAUGAAUAUUCAUUUCAAGUUACAUUUGUGGGUCUGCGUAUGUUUACGCAUAAUUUUAGAAUUAUAUAAAAUUGUUUAUCAAAAAUGUAGAACCACACGUGAAACUAUUGACAUGUUUUGUGGUUCAAACACGAGAAUAUCCUAUAUUGAAAUAAAAUAAAAACCUUCUAAUAUUCACAAAGCCCAGGGGAAUGUUGUUAUUGUCAGUAGUAGUUACCACUUUUAUAGGUAGUCAUUAAAGGUGAAGUAGAAAAUUAGUAUGUUGCUAAGUGACGUGAAGCACUGUCUCUGACAGCCAUACAAAACCAGUGUUAUCAUCCUUUCCCAUAAGUAAGGCUUAAGUAUGGUUGUUUUUUUGUUUGUUUUGCAGCAAAAGUGUUAACAUCUGACCAUGACAACCUUCCUGGAGUUUAUUCAGCAGAAUGAAGAUAGAGAUGGUGUCCGUUUCAGCUGGAAUGUUUGGCCUUCAAGCCGUUUGGAGGCCACACGGAUGGUGGUUCCAGUUGCCUCUCUUUUCACACCAUUGAAAGAGAGACCUGACCUGCCUCCUAUACAGUAUGAACCGGUUCUUUGCAGCAGGACCACAUGUAGGGCUGUGCUCAAUCCUUUGUGGUAGGUUAUCACCAAUUAGCAUGUAUGUAGUUAAAGGUGUUCGUGAGCCUAAUCUUCUAAAUAUAUUUUUUAACUAAAUUUAUAAUUCUUAUUACUUUUUACCUGUUGAGUGCUUUGUAAUGUGCUCAAACGGUUAAGUGCUCCUUAGGCUAGAGAUAAUUAUAUCAUCUACAGAGAUGCAUUGAGGCUAUUAAGCACAUGCGUAGCUAUUGCUUAUGCCACCAUGGGAAAACAUUAAAUCAUCUCAGUGUGUUAUCCAUGCCAAUAUACCUGUUCAGUGAUAUGAGAGCUGGCAAGUAUAAUUUCUGCCUUACUGAUAGACAGGGCAUCUAGAUGGGGAUAUAGCUCCACUUUGAAGCCUUUUAGGAGAGUUUGAGAGGGAAUAAAAUGCUAACAAACUGAACAAUUUGAAGUGAUUAUACAGCUAGCGUGUUCCUUUAAAAAUAAAUAAUGGGGGCGUGGUUUAGCUGCUGAGAAAGAUGGUAGUGUUAGACAGAGCUCUACAAGCGACAGGCUGUUUAUAGCAAACCCAAGUCAUAUUAUUAUUGCAGAACACUCCCUCCAUAGCUGCUGAAGAUGUCCCACAGCAAGCAGAAGAAGAAAGGCGAUAAAUGAGCAAAAGUUAUUAAAGCAGAAUAAGGGGUGGCGGCAGACCAUAUUUCAGCAAAUAUGCUUGGGAAUGAGCCCUAGAAUAAAACUCCCCUCUAUGAUAUAUUGGUCACCUGGCAUGGGGGAAGGAUAUGGGAACCGAAUUAACUGAGGACCAAGGGAGGUGGGCUUUUAAAGCAUCUAGAGCAGGGGUUCUCAACGUUAGUCCUCAGGACCCCCUACCAGUCCAGGGUUUAGGGAUUACCUGGGUGUGUCUAAGGUGUUUAGAAAAAGAAAAAAAAACACCUUAGAGUCUAAGACUUAGAGUCUAAGGUGUUUUUUUCCCUUUUUCUAAACACCUGAGACACACCCAGGUAAUCCCCAAAUCCUGGACUGGUAGGGGGUUCUGAGGACUGGGUUGAGAACCCCUGAUCUAGAGUAUGGGUUCCCAACCCAGUCCUCAAGUACACACCACCAGUCCAGAAUUUAGAGAUAACCCUGUUGUGUCUAAAAUGUUUUUUUUUGUUGUUGUUUUUUUUUAAAUUCUUUAUAAAAACACCUUCGAUACAACUGGGUAAUCGGUAAAUCCUGGACUGUUAGGUGUAACUUGAGGACUGGGUUGGGAACCGCUGAUCCAGAAUAAUGACGAAAUGCUCUACACAACUGGAAACCAUACAGAAAAUAGUUUACCGUUUGUGUCUGGUACCGGCUUGGUUAGCCCAUAUAUAUCCUGGGAUAUCCAACCUAUGUUGGAGUUGUCUCACAAGGGAGGGUAUGAUUUGCCAUAUCUGGUGGUCAUGUGUGGCCCUGAAACCAUAAUGGCAUAUGGUGAGUUUGAUAACUAAUUCAACAGAAAACAAAUCUGUCAGGGUCCCAUCCAGAGACAAGGUGAUUUAACAAGUGUCAUUAAAUUAUUCUUAUGAAGAGAGGGCUCAUAUUAAUAUAUGGAAUGGCAGAGGAGAGGCCUUUUUCUGGGACCUCUGGAGGUAUUACACAAGAGGAUCUCCUAAAGAGCAACCCUAAGGAGAUGAGGGGGGAAGGGUAGUGGAAACGCGAGUCCCUGUGUUACUGAUGGCCAAGUACACAAAAUGGGGUAGUGACAAUGCUAACCCAUUGUCCAAACACUUUAACCAAAAUGUUUGGAACACUUUGUUAUAAUUGUUUACUUCUUACUCUGUUAAUUUUCUCUCUUUACCCUUUCAUUAAUAUUGUUCAAAAACCACAUGUACUUGUAAAGUACAUAUCUCAAGUCGGCGUUGCUCAUGAAUAUGUGAGCACCAGGAAGGAAAAUGUCAUGGUUCCCCAGUGGUUGUGGUUGGAUAAUGGAAUGUAUAAGUAUACAUAUGUGAGGUGAAAUGUCUAUAUAUAUAUAUAUAUAUAUAUAUAAAUAUAGUGUGUGUGUGUGAAAUUAUAUUUCGACUGAAUCUAUGACGUGUAACCGAUCAGUGGCUCAAAUGUUACAUAGUUACAUAGUUACAUAGUUACAUAGCUGAAAAGAGACUUGCGUCCAUCAAGUUCAGCCUUCCUCACAUUUGUUUUUUGCUGUUGAUCCAAAAGAAGGCAAAAAAAACCAGUUUGAAGCACAAUUUUGCAGCAAGCUAGGAAAAAAAUUCCUUCUUGACCCCAGAAUGGCAGUCAGAUUUAUCCUUGGAUCAAGCAGUUAUUACCCUACAUUGAAAGAUUAUAUCCUUGAAUAUUCUGUUCUUGCAAGUAUGCAUCUAGUAGCCGUUUGAACAUCUGUAUGGACUCUGAUAGAGCCACUUCCUCAGGCAGAGAAUUCCACAUCCUGAUUGUUCUUACAGUAAAAACCUUUCCUUUGCCUUAGAGAAAUCUUCUUUCUUCCAGUCUAAACGCAUGGCCUCGUGUCCUAUGUAAAGUCCGGUUUGUGAAUAGAUUUCCACACAAUGGUUUGUAUUGGCCCCGAAUAUAUUUGUAUAAUGUUAUCAUAUCCCCUCUCAGGCGACGUUUUUCUAAACUAAAUAGGUUUAAAUUUGUUAACCUUUCUUCAUAGCCGAUAUGUUCCAUUCCUUUUAUUAAUUUUGUAGCCCGCCUCUGCACUUUUUCUAGUGCCAUAAUAUCCUUCUUUAGAACAGGUGCCCAAAAUUGCACAGCAUAUUCAAUAUGGGGUCUUACCAGUGAUUUAUAAAGAGGCAAAAUUAUAUUCUUGUCCCGAGAAUGAAUGCCCUUUUUCAUGCAUGACAAUACCUUACUGGCCUUGGCCACUGCUGAUUGACAUUGCACAUUGUUGCAUAGUUUGUUGUCUAUAACAAUUCCCAAGUCCUUUUCAUGUGUUGUUAUCCCUAAUUCGCUUCCAUUAAGGGUAUACGUUGCUUGUGUAUUCUUUACGCCGAAGUGCAUAACUUUGCAUUUUUCAACAUUAAAUUUCAUCUGCCAUUUGAGUGCCCAGUCCCCCAGUCUAUCUAAAUCCCUCUGCAGCAAAGUAAUAUCUUGCUCACAUUGUAUUGUUUUACAAAGUUUGGUGUCAUCUGCAAACACUGAAACAUGACUUUCAAUGCGGUCUUCAAGAUCAUUUAUAAACAUGUUAAAUAGAAGGGGUCCCAGCACAGACCCCUGAGGGACACCACUUGCCACCUCUGUCCAGCUUGAAAAUUUACCAUUAAUGACAACUCUUUGUACUCUGUUUUUAAGCCAAUGUUCUACCCAAGAACAAGCAUUUUCAUCUAGACCGAUUUCCUUGAGUUUGAACACUAAUCUAUUGUGUGGAACUGUAUCAAAUGCCUUGGCAAAAUCCAAAAAGAUCACAUCCACGACAACACCCUGAUCUAUACUUCUACUUACUUCUUCGUAGAACGCAAUCAAGUUAGUUUGACAUGACCUGUGCUUCAUAAAACCAUGCUGAUUUUUGCUGAUAACCAUGUUCUUCUCAAGGAAUUCUUGAAUAUUAUCCCUUAAUAACCUUUCAAAUAUUUUACCAGCCACAGAAGUUAAGCUCACAGGUCUAUAAUUUCCAGGCAAGGAUUUUGAACCCUUUUGAAUAUAGGAACCACAUCUGCCUUCCUCCAAUCCUCCGGAACACUUCCUGAAAGAAAAGAAUCUUGAAAGAUUAAAAACAGAGGUUCACUUAUUUCUACACUUAGUUCCUUAAGUACACGUGGAUGGAUACCGCCAGGCCCUGGAGCUUUGUUUAUAUUAACUUUCUUUAGUUGCUGCAGCACCUUGUCUUGAGUUAACCAAUUACAAUUAUUCUGCAAGUUUUUAGUAGCAAUCAUUUGCACAUCUAUUGCCAUGGGUUCUUCCUUAAUAUAUACGGAGGAGAAAAAGUUAUUUAAAAUUCCUGCCUUUUCCUGGUCUUCAUUAAUUAACAACCCCGUUUCAGUUUUUAGUGUACCUACACUUUCAUUUUGUUUUGUUUUUUAGAAUUUAUGUACUUAAAUGCUUUGGGGUUGGUUUUGCUCUCUUCAGCUAUCAUUAUUUCAUUUUGAAGUUUAGCAAGUCUAAAUGUGACUUUGUAUACACAAAACAAUGUAUUUAUGCUCAUCCGAUGUAUCAAUAAUCAAUAAAAACAUAUAUAAAAUAUAUGUGGGGUAAUUCCCAACACCCAAUAGGUUUACAUUAACCAAUUUAUUUUGACUGCUUUAGGUUCUUUCAUAGAGACUGAUUAGUUGUCGUUAGCCUUGUAACCUUGUGAGGAGUUGAAAGACUUAUUAGCAAUAGCAGCAGAAAUAAAAAUAAUCUGCCCCAAGAUAUACAACAUUCUGGGGAGGUAAUAGUCCAUUUUAUAUGUGUUUUGUGAGUGUGUAGCAUAGAAACCACUUAAAAAGACAAAAAGGGUGUUAUAUGAUUGUACCACCACUGGAAUGAGAGAGAUGGUUCAAAUGCUUUUCCUUUUCUCUCAUAAAAUAUUUUGUGACAUGUUGAUGUAUAACUUUCAACUCUAUGGGACAUCCUUUCUAAAGUACCAUUGUAAACUACUUACUGAUACUUAGCGAGUAAUUGUAUAGCUUACAGGGACCACGUGAGGCACUCUAAGCACUUAGCUUAUUUAAAUGAUUAUGGUGCUAGAAUAGCAUCCCUGCUUUCUUACAAUUUAAUUCAUUAAUAUACACCAGCAGAAAUAAGACUGGGAAAUAUAAAUCACAAGAAAUAAAUGUAUAUUAAAAUGAAACACUAUGCGAAAAGAAUCACAGCCCAAUUACACUAUAAUUGUUUUGGAUUAGUAUCUGAUGAAAACCUAGACAUUUGAUGGUUGCAUCCCCAUCCCCAUUACUUAUAAAUUAUCUAAAAAAAAACUGUGCAACCUUUGCUUUCAUAAGUUGCAUCAUUACUUCAAUAAAAUCCACCUGUGCACACUUAAGGUCACAUGAGACCAUGAUCUUACAAUAAAUAGAAGAUCCUGUAGUUUCUUAGAGAGAGAGAAACAUCUACCCAUUAAAUCCAGUGCAUAGGAUGACUGUGUAUCAAAAGUGUACCAUAGCUUGAUUCACCAAACUGUGAUAUGACUGAUAUCAUUUUUUAGAGUGGUUACGCUAAUCCAGUGGGAUAAGUGGAACUGCUCUUUGAGGGUAGAAUACUUGCCCUGUAUGGGUGUAUAGAAUAGAACCAGACCCUAUAGACUUAAAUAAAAUGAUUUGAUUGAAGUUGUCACCUUAAUUUGGCAAGAAUUGAAGGCAGACCCACUAAACAGUGAUUUGACUGGGAACCUUACAGAUAAUAGGUAUUUUUUGUAUACUUUACUGUAUAAUACAUUUAAAUGUAGAUAGUCAAUUUCAUCCCACAGUUUCUCAUUAAAGAUAAAGAAGAUAUUUUGGACUACAUCUCUCAUAAUGCUCUUACAGCCAUAAUGCUGGUAAAGCAUCAUGGGAGAUGUAGCACGCAACAUCUGGAGUGCCGAAGGUUGCCUACCCCUGCAUCACUCAUUUGGGUCUUGGGAUUUAAAGGCAUGCUACACAGCUCUCGGAUUCUAGAAACCAUUACAAUGAAAGAUGAACAUUUAACCGCUAGAACUCAUUGGAGAUGCACAAGAGAGAGAUCUGUAACAUAAAUGGCAAUAUUCUCUUCUGGAUGCAUGCAGCAGCAAUAUUAUUGCAUCACUCCCAUUUUUUUUUUUUUUUUAAACGCCAUUCGCUUCCCUCCCCUGUUUCUCUGCACCUUUAUUGUUCAUGUAAAAAAAUUCUUAAUUUUGUGCUUCAACAUACUCUUUGCCCAUUUUUAUUUUAAAUAUAACAUUGACACAACUUUUUCUUCUAGUCAACCUCCCCGAAAAUAUUUUUAGUGAUUAUUGUCCCCUAACCUGUUUUCACCUUUUAACCACCAUUUUGUUGAAUCUCUCACUCCUUCUGCCGUAGCUCUCCAACAUGUAUACAUUCACAUAGCGUUAUAUCCUCGGCUGUCUGAUUUUCUAAUAUAUAUAUUCUUUGUUGUUUGCCAUUUUUUUUUAUACUUCCAAGGACAACCUUAAAUUUGAAAAACAAACUACUUAAAAAGAGUUGUGCAUAGAUCCUUCUAUUAUUGUUCCAAACAGAUUGAAGUAGUAAUAAUAUGCCAUGUUGGAUAUCAAAAACAUUAUUUAUGUUUACUAUUCUUUAUUUUUUUUAAUCUUUUCCUUUGCUGUACUUGUUUUUAUAAUAGACCAAUAUAUAUUUAUUUAUUUAUAUAUAUGUGUAUCCCAUUGUACAGCACUGCAGAAUUUGUUGGCGCUUUAUAAGUAAUUAUAUAGCGAAGCGUUGUGAUCUUCAAUGUGUCGUAUAGCAUUGUAGGUAUUCAUUCAGGAGUAAGUAGAACUAUCCUUUCUAAAAUUCCUUUCAAACUGAAGAGGUUGCAAACUUGCCUGGACUUGGUCCAAGUGAAAUGUGAUCUGUUGUUGGGUAAACAUCUGACGUGUAAAAUCAGACCCUCUUAGUAGUUCUGUGUCCUGACAAGUCUGAUUUUACGGCACUUGGGUCUUAUUUGCUAAAGGAUGGUAAACAUGAUCACAUGGGUUAUUUCAUGAUAAAAUAUUAAUUCAUUUUAAAGUACAAUUGUUACAUUUGUGUGUUUUGCACAACCAAAUAGCUAACCAAAGCUUGGCUAUGAGUUGUGCUAUUUUUCUUUUGUGUUAUCUACAUUGCAUGUUCGUGUCCUGGCAUUGCCAAGGCAUACAAUGUAAAUGAGCUUGACUUCCAUGGUAACAUGUGCGUGAACUAUGAGGGAACAUGCAUGGCACUAUGAAAGGAAUCCCUGAGCCGUCUUUUGGCAAUUAGCAAAGAGAUACCAAACAUAGAUAAAAAAUUGGAGCAAGAGCUCUGCCCGAAUCCAUUAAAAAAGUGCUCCCUUUUUUUAAAUUUUUUUUUUUUUAUGUCUAAUAUGGAUACAAUGCCAUAAUCUGAUAUGUUAUUGUUUUGGAAUGGUAAACUAAUUUCAUAGAAUUUGUAAAACUUUUUUUUGUUGUUGUUGAGAUUUUGAAAAGUAGGACUGAAUUGGAUACUUAUAUUUCAUUUUGCAGCCAAGUGGAUUACAGAGCAAAACUGUGGGCUUGCAAUUUUUGCUAUCAACGAAAUCAGGUGAGACAACACAUACAAACUCACACAAUCAGAACAAACAUCAAACAUUAAAUGGAUAUGAAUGGUGUCAUAUGUUAUUGGGUUACGUCCUUCAAGAUGUUUAGUUCUCUCUUCGUGACAGCAAUCACUCCCCUGACAGUCCUUUUUUUUUUGUGUCUAAGUGGUGGGUUAGCACUGCUGCUUUUGCUUAUGAGUGAUAUGAGGUUAAUAAAGGGGGGAAAAUGCAUGCAAAAUGCAAAGAUAACACAAUAUGAUUAAAUUGUUCAUUCAGGUCAUAACCCAUGCAUGGGCAUGAAAUCUUGUUUUUUAAAAAAUCUGCAUGCAAUUGCUAAGGAAGCCUUAAUUAAUGUUUGUUUGAUGUAUUUAAAAGUGAGACUUGUCAAUGUGUCUUUACAUGUGUUGCAAAGCAUGCUGGAAAAGCGUGCAUUUUCUAAGGCUUACUUUGGGAUAUAUAGUUGAUGCACAACCGUAAAGAAAAAUGUUUGCCUCAUGUAAAUUGAGCAGAUAAGAACCGUUUGGCCCAUCUAGUCUGCCCAGUUUUCUAAAUACUUAUAUUAGUCUCUGGUCUAGGAUAGCCUUCUUCCUAUACCACGCAUGCUUAAACACUGUGUUAACCUCUACUAUUUCAGCUGGAAGGCUAUUCCGUGCGUCCACUACCCUCUCAGUAAAGUAAUAGUAAAAAUUAGCACAAUAGAAGUAAUAUAACAGCAUCAUCAUGCAAAGCUAUUCAAAAUAACAUAUUUUAUUUAUAAGUAGGCAGAGCGUGGCAAGAAUCAUUUGUUUAUCUCUACACACAGUCUUAUUUAAAGGGUGAUAAAGCAACUGAGAUUAGUAGAAAAGAGACCAGCUGCUAAGAAUGCAUACCUCCCCACAUUUCAUGGAUAAAGAGUGAUACUUAAAUUUUAGGGGGGUGGCCAGUGAUGGCGCUGUUAUGAGAAAUAGGUGACUUACUAAUAACAAUUUAUACAACUAUAAUGUAAUUUAGAAGAACAAUGCAUCUUAUUUACACAGACUAAUUUCUAAACACAUUUAUUGUAGUUUAAAGACAUAUUACUGUGAGUAUUAUUGCUGUGGAGCUCUGUUAUACACUCAGACACACCAAAAAUAUGGAGGUCCUCAAAAAAAGGAACAGAGAGAUUUGGGCCCAAAAUAGGGACUGUCUCUCCUAAGUAGGGACACUUGGGAGGUAUGGGUUUGCUAAUUUAGAUUUGCAUAUACCACAUUACAGCUGAAUCUUCGUCAUUAUUUGUUUACCAAUUCUCCUCAUACAAACUAAGGUAAUUGCAUCCUUAAAAGUUUAACCCACUUGACCCUAAAGGGACACUAUAGACACACAGACCACUUCAACGCACUCCUGUUCCAGUUUGGUUUUAGAUUGGCUGAAGCCAUAUUCAGUCGAAUCUCACUGCCGCAAUAAGAUCUAUUUAAACAUUGCAGGGACCAAUUCUGUAUCAAAUUGUUUAGCAGUAAGUAAAGCGAAACUCAGAGAACUGAGCACAAUGAAUAUGACCAGCCUUGCUAUAGUGGAUAGACCCACAUAUGUUUUGAAAUGCUUUUGACUAUAGGUAGAAAAGCCUUAAUGAUCUUGUACCGUCUCAUAUAUAUUAAUCUGUCUUUACCACAGCUGAUCACUGACAGAGUUUAAUACGCUUCUUUCCUUUCAGUUCCCUCCUACAUAUGCUGGAAUAUCUGAGGUGAACCAACCUGCCGAACUCCUGCCCCAGUUUUCAAGCAUUGAAUAUGUAGUGCAGGUAAAUAAGACCUUUUUAAACCUUGUACUUUCUGUUUUGCCAAGGCAAAGAUAGGAUUGCUUAAUUUCAAGAUGCAUCUGAUUUUAAAUGUCACAUAUCUAAUAGAUGCUGUAAAUUCUAUAGUUGUUUUUACCUUUAGUUAACCUUUAACCCCUUAAGGACCAAACUUCUGGAAUAAAAGGGAAUCAUGACAUGUCACACAUGUCAUGUGUCCUUACGGGGUUAAAGGACACUAUAGUCACCAGAACAACUGGUAAUGUGGUAGUUGUUCUGGUAAGUAUAGUAAGUUCCUGCAGGCUUUAUAAUGUAAACGCUGCCUUUUCAGAGAAAAGGCAGUAUUUACAUAGCUGCCUGGUUACACCUCCAGUGGCCACUCCACAGACAGCCACUAGAGGUGCUUCCAGUAGGGCAUUGACGUUGACGCCGAAAUCUCCCCAUAUAAAUGCAUUGAUUCAAUCCAUCUCUAUGAGGAGAUGCUGACUGGCUAGGCAGCAUAUGGACCCUCCCCUGCCCCACCUCCUUGGCUGAGAUCAUUUUUUCUAUGGGAAAGCAUUGUAAUUGGCUGAGAUUAUCAAUUCUGGUGAUGCCAGCCAAGGAGGCAGAUCCUGUGCUGCACUGGAAAUAAGGUAAUUUUUCUUAUUAUUUAAGAGGUGCAAGGGGGAGGGGGAGCAGGGACCAUACAUGUGUUUUUAAAACUAUAGGAUCAGGAAUACACAUUUGUGUUCCUGAUCCUAUAGUGUUCCUUUAAAUUAGUCAAAGGGGCUCAUAUAUUUUGAGUUUCUUUCUCUCCUACAUGGUUGCUUGCUUUUCCUUUUUUUUUUUUUAUAAAUUCUUUAUUUGUGCAGUUUAGUGACAUAAGUGAGGUUACAGAACAAAGAGAAAGCGUUGAAUGGUACCGUCAUACACAUCAAUGACCACAUAGAUUUACAGUUAGUACAGUUACUUGUCGAUUAACAAAGAGUUUGUGGGAUUUUGUGGGGUGUGCAUUCCCGUACCCUCGUGUGCAUGAAAGAUGUUCCUCCUGUUCUGAACGUGUGUGAGUCUGUAUUUAUUUUUGUCUUGUUUAUUGGAGAGGAAGAGAGAAGAAAAAGGGGGAAGUGUUGACGUUGUCGGUUCGUGAGCUUGCUUUUCCUUUUUAAAUGAUUGUAGUUGAAGAAAUAGCAAUAAAAACUAUUUGUAUCUGUGGAAAGUUGUACGAUGACAUCAUUAGUAUUUUUGAAGAAUCAUGUUAUUCUAUAAUGCUUUUUACAAACUUGAGAAACCCUAAAACAAAUGCUGGCAAUGAAAUGAUAGCAACCAUUUUUUCAUUUUACCUAAAUUACAAAAUUUUAGACCUCUAGUCAAUAUCUUUGGAUAAGCUUUACAGUUGAUUUAAUAAGUUUGGAUAAACUUUGUAGUUUUUUGUAUUUUUUUAUUUAAAUAAUAAUAUAUCAAACACAUAUAUAUAUAUAAAAAUUUAAAAUAUGUUUUGAAAUAUAAUAUAAUUUUAAAAGUUUAUCCAAAAUUAUAAUCCAUUAGCAAAGUUUAUCGAAAGAUAUUAAAUUGAGGCAUUAAUUUUAUUAUUUUGGCACUUUUCUGCUCCUUCAUUUUACUUUGAUGUGCUUUCUCAGAGAGGUCCUCAGAUGCCAUUGAUCUUUCUUUACGUGGUGGACACUUGCAUGGAAGAGGAAGACCUUCAGGCCCUGAAAGAAUCUAUGCAGAUGUCUCUCAGCUUGCUACCUCCCACGGCGUUGGUGGGAUUAAUCACCUUUGGAAGGAUGGUGCACGUGCAUGAACUGGGUUGUGAAGGCAUCUCCAAGAGUUAUGUCUUCCGAGGGACCAAAGACGUGACGGCAAAACAGCUCCAGGUAAAAGAUACGCCAUCAUCAGCAAAUAAUACUGUUAUGAAGGAUCUGUAUUCAUUAAAUGUGAAUGUCCUCUUCAGAAUGUCCUCUUCAGUGAAGCUACAUUUUGUACUUCCUUAACCAUAUUUAUUUCUGGCUUAAAGCGGCACUGUCAUGCCGAACUUACCUUUCCAUAAUCGCUUUCUCUUCUCUUUGUCUCCCGAGAUCUGUUCUUCAUUUCUUCCUCUCUGCUCUUGUUUUCUUUAAAACAUAAGACAAAGUAGGGACCACUUUGUCUUAUGUAUAUUUCCUACGCCUGACCAGCUCAAGCUAGUCAGAGAAAUUUUCCCACAAUACUCACCCUUUCCUCCGCGAUCUUGCGAUGCCUGCCUUCACUAUUCCCGAACGACCUGUCAUUUAGACAGAACGCUGGCGAAACUACAGAAUGAGAACAGUUUGUUCAUUCAUGUUAGGAUGACAUUCUGUACUUUUAGGUCAGUUCGAAAUUUAAUUUGAAUGAAAUUCCGAUCCGAUGCGUGCUGCAGCUGCAUCUUGCAACUGCUUAGUAGAUAGCUCCAUAAUUCCCACGGAAUCACAGAGCUGUCUACUAAAAGGCUGAAAGACCAAGAUUGGUCCUUCAGCCAGCUUUACUAAAACUAAGUAAGGAUUACUUCGAAUUAGUAAUUAAUCUGCCCCUACUCGCUAUAUUGUGAGUAGGGACAUGUCUAGUAAACAGAGGCUGCUCUGCUCACUGUGGUCAAAAAUAGAAAAUAAGUAAAGCCCCCCCCACCAAUAAAUGGCCAUGGUGGGGCAUUUAUUAACUAGCGGGGCACACACACACCCAUGCCCCCCGAGUGGGGGCUAUUCAACUAAACGGGGGACAUAGGGUCCACACCCAUGGUGCCCUUAAGGACAAUGGGGAGACGAUCUAUUGUCCUCCCCCUGCAGCCCCCAAGGCGACGGGUGGGGGCUAAAUGUAAAAAUACCCCCCUCCCCCUAAAGUGACUAGUCCCCAAGCCCCUAGUCACCCCCCAACCCCAAUAAAAUUAAAUAAAGCCCUACCUACCCCCCUCACCCUAAAAAUAGUGAGGGGGGAGACAAUAAAGCUAAAUACCUGUAAAUAAAUUUAAAAAUACUUACAGUUUGAUGUCUUCUUUUUUCUAAAACCUUCUUUUUUCAGCCCCAAAAAAGGCCAAAUAAAAAUCCAUAAUACCUGUCGAACAUAUAAAAUAAAAUAAAAUAAAAAAACAAAGUGCAAAAGAAAAUAUGCCCCCCCCCCCAAAAAAAUCCUGACACUAAAAAAAAUUAUCAAUAGGUCUCCCGUUAUUGUAAUUUAGGGCCCCCUCCCCCAUUGUCAUUUAGGUCCUCCACCCGAAGAUUAUGGGUGGGGGCCAAGGGGUACCCAUUUAGUUGAAUAGCCCCCACACGAUGUGUCCCCCCGCUAGUCUUUUUUUUUUUUUGUGAGCAGCAACAGGCUAGGUCCGGGCAGAAAAUAAAGAUUUAAAAAAAGGUAAUAUGGGGGGCCUAAAGGCAUUUGGGGGUGUCUAGGGGGGAAAUUAGAUGUGGUGGAGUCGGAAGGGGGGUUAAAAAAAGCGGAUGUGGCCAUGACAGUGCCGCUUUAAUAAUUCAAAUACAUUUAAUGCUUUCUUCACCUUUAUUAUUGUCAGCAUCCACAUAUAUAUAUAUAUAUAUAUAUAUAUAUAUAAAAAUAAAUAAAAGCCAUAAAAUUGAAAUGUAUCAAGUAUUUGGACACAUAUUACUUGCAUAAUGCUAAACUUAAAAAAAACAUUUCCUCCCUAAUUUCAUAUCUUAAGAAACGGGAUAAUUCAUUUUGAAGGUUCUGACGCAUGUCUUUAAAACGCGUCCUCAGGCUUUCCUGUCUGUUAAUCCAUGCUUUUAAUGCAAUACUUUUUAUUGUACUUGACUACCUUGUUACUAUUAAACUUGCGUUUUGGAUAAUACCCAGACAAUGCUUAAAACUAGUUACUUUUUUUGGAUCAUAUAUUUCCAGUAAACUAAUUUAGGAAGAUGUAACACAUGCUAUUUAGACCCAGUGAAUGGUUUUAGUCAUGGUUAUCUGCUGUCCCCACUGUCAACAUGCAAUUUGCUUAAAACGGUAGCUAUCUAUUUUUCUAAAAUAUUCUCACAGAAUGAUGUAGAUGAAACGUGAAAUUGUUUGGAAGAGGAAUUAAUAAUUAAAUGCAUAUGUGUGCCUGUCUGCUGUGAAGUUCAUCUAUGUUCUAUAGGAUUUACUUUGUAAAUGUCCACCGUUCUCUUUCAGGAAAUGCUAUCAUUGCAAAAACCUCCAGCUGCUCAAGCUGGCCGUGGACCUCAAGUUCAACAGCCUCUUCCUUCCAACAGGUACUAUUUAUUAUUUAUAUGUAUAUAAUGCCACUAUAUUCCACAGCACUAUACGAUCAUAGAAUGGAGAUAACUGAAAACAAGUGGUUGACAUACAAAAUAUUAACCCCUUAAGGACCAAGCUUCUGGAAUAAAAGGGAAUCAUGACAUGUCACACAUGUCAUGUGUCCUUAAGGGGUUAAAGGGACACUAUAGGCACCCAGAAACAUUUAUCUCAUUUAAGUGGUCUUGGUGCCGUGUCUCUGUCACACUUAGUCCUGCAUUGUAAAUCAUUAUAUUUUUUGAGAAGCUGCAAUGUUUUCAUGGCAGCACUAAGACAGCCUCCAGUGGCUGUCUAUCAAAACUUCUAGGAUUUUACUGGACUUUAGAUCGUCUAAAUGAUGCUGGAUGUCUUCACACUCUGCAUGAGGACAUCCAGCAUCAGUAAAAUUCCCAUAGGAAAGCAUCGGAUGAUAUCUGAGAAAUUGGAUUGCCGAGGGAUCAGAUAAAUAAAUAAAGGAUUUUUUACCCUUUUGUUGGUCGGGGGGCACGAGGUGGGGGCAAGGAAUUUAUAGUGUUAAAAAUACAGCUUUGUAUUUCCUAACACUUUAGAUUCCCUUUAACAGAGACAAAAAAUCAAGACGGCACUACUCAAUCAGUAUAUUUUCAGAAAUUAGAAAGAGCAGAAGGGGACAUUCUUGGGACAAAACAUUAAGCAACAAUCUGUUUAGUAAUUGUCAUUCCAUUCUGUUUUAUGGCUAUCCAGUCUUGCUUCUCCGGCUCCUGUAGUUAUACAUUUUUCAUCGUUAUGCAAAUUGUAAGCUUGAACACUAACUGGAGUCCCAAGACUGGACAUCCCUGUUGUAGAGCAUAAACUCAAGACAAAUCAGCAAACGUUUAGUUUGAGGCCUAUGAAAAUGUUACCUUUUUUAAUUUAGUGUGUAUACUUACAUUCACUUGCAGAAAUAUAUAAUUUCACGUGGAACAAAUUUGCAAAUUUUUUUGCAUUAUUACUAAUUUUAAGUUCACGUAGUAGUUUUAAAGAUAGUUUUUCUCCAGCUUUCAAUACUGAUUGUAUUACAAUCAGAAAAUCGGAAAUCAAAUGAAGUUUUGAAUGGACGUUUAAUGAAGGAAGAAAACCAACGCAAACUUAUCACAUAGUUUACAAAAUUCUUGAUUUAGGAAAAUGAGCUGUAAAUGUAAAGACUGUUCUAACUGGUUUUCUUUUUUCUAUUUAACAUAAAGUAGUGUAACUUGAGGAUAUCUGUGUAUAGGUCACCUGUUUCGAAUACUGAAGGAAUGUUUUGGCCUAUAGCUAUAGUGACUGGGGAAACAAUAUUGUUAAUUAGAAUGCAUGUAAGGGUCAGACUUCCUUUCAGAUUCCUUUCAUAGUUGUCAGUUGUGAUCUUCUUCUGUGCUAUGGCAACUGAGCUUUCUCUAAAUUCUAUGUAAAGUUCCUUAGCCCCAACCAAGAGAUGGGUUUACAACAAGGAUAAAGAAAAGUGGGACUGACCCUUGUCUAAUCAGUCUUGAAUCUGUAGCAGUAAGCACACUGUUAGAAAGUGUGUAAUAGGCAAUGUAGCAACAUUGCAGCUAAGGUUUAAAGGAACACUAUAGGGUCAGGAACACAAACCUGUAUUUUGACCACCCCUGCCCCCGACCCCCUAAAUAUUGUAAAAUCUUACUUUUAUUCCUGCCUGCUGCUGGCUCUGCCCCUGAUCUGCCUGCUUGACUGACAUCAUCAGAAGAGGUGUUCAUAGCCAAUCACAUUUCUUUCUCAUAGGAAAACAUUGUAUUGGCUGAGACUGUCAAGGAGGCAGAUAAGGAGCAGAGCAAGCACAAGCCAAACACAGCCCUGACCAAUCAGCAUCUCCUCUUAGAGAUGCAUUGAAUCAGUGUAUCUCUAUGAGGAAAGUUCAGUAUCUCCACGCAGAGGGUGGAGACACUAAAUGACAGUCACAGUGUGCAUCACUGACCAAGGAAGCACCUCUAGUAGCCAUAUAAGGAGUAGCCAGUGGAGGUAUCCCUAGGCUGUAAUAUAAACACUGCCUUUUCUCUGGAAAAAAAACAUUGUUUACUGCAAAAAUCCUGGAGGGACUAAUUAGACUCACAAGAACAAAUACAAUAAGUUGUUCUGGUAACUAUAGUGUCCCUUUAAGAUUUAGAGGAUCAGAGAAAGAAAUCUUAUUUGGAUACUACAUAUGAAAUGGCACCGCAAAAUUUAUUAUUUGCAAAGCAAACUAGCUUCACAGCAUUCAAACUUUGACUUUUCCAAAAUUCAAAUAUUGACUUUACAAACAUUUCAGCUGUGUGCUACUUACAAACAGGAACAUUGAGAAAGCAAAUAUGUACUAGUUGUUUCAUUCUUUCAUCUCUGCAACAACUCAUAACCCUGUCUUUAUUUCUUCAAAGAGAACGCGCCAUCAUAACAUAUAAACAAUAUUUAUUUGCACGUCAUUAACAUUCAUUCAAUGAGGAAAAAAAAACUUUUUAAAGAUUUCUUUAUAACAACAACAAAAAACUGUUAACACUUCCCAGCUUCUUGCGUUGACAUUGCACAAAUUUGUACAUAUCGGUUUUUCUUUCUAUCCAUGUGUAAAUGUUUUUUUGGGGGGGUUUUUUUUUCAAUAAAGGCCAUAAUGAAACAAUCACAGUUCAGCUGCAAAUUCUGAACAAAAUCAGUCAUCGUCCACCACUUUCUUCUCUGAUUCUGUGUUUUCUUGCAGAUUUUUACAGCCCGUACAAAAUAUAGAUAUGAACCUCACUGAUCUAUUGGGUGAGCUACAACGGGAUCCUUGGCCAGUCCUACAGAGCAAAAGGCCUCUGCGAUCAUCAGGAGCAGCUCUCUCAAUCGCAGUCGGGCUUCUUGAGGUAAUGUAGAAAGUGGGACUCGUCUAUCUUCACACCGGAGAACAGCUUUAAAAAGAAUUAUGAUAUUGAAGGAACAGAUAUCCUGUAAUUAAACAUUGUCUGUUAGUUUUUUUGUACUUGCUUUAAAACUCAGAAUGUUCAGCCCAGCACUAUAUCAGGAUGGGUAGCUGGCAGGAUUUUAUAUGUAUUUUUCUCUCCUCAACCAGGAUCAAUUUCAUUAAAGGACCACUAUAGUGCCAGGAAAACAUACUCGUUUUCCUGGCACUAUAGGGUCUCUAGGCCCCCCCCACCCUCGUGGCCCCCCUCCCGCCGGGCUGUAGGGGGUGGAAGGGGUUAAAUCUUACCUUUUCUCCACCGCCGGGCUCCCUCGGCGGUGGGGAAUCUCUGCCUCUUUUCCCCGUCAUCGGCUGAAUGCGCAUGCGUGGCACAAGCUGCGCACGCAUUCAGCCAAUCUCAUAGGAAAGCACAGUGAGAAGUGCGGAAGCGCCUCUAAUUAGCCCUAAUGUAAACAUAGCAGUUUCUCUGAAAGAAAGGGUUAAUUCUAGAUGAAACUAUCAUUAAGCUGAAGUGGUCUGGGUGCCUAUAGUGGUCCUUUAAUUACGUAUUUACUUGAAUCUAAUGCGCACCUUUUUUGGAAAAUACAGUUUUAAAAACUUGAAUGCGGAUUACAUUCAGGGAAAAAUUCUAAAUUUUCCAGGGACUUGCAUUCCAGCGAAUUCACACUGGCGAAUUUCAUUCCGGCGAAAUCACACAGGCAAAUUAUAACUAGUGAAUUAAAACUAGCGAAGUCACACUGGCGAAUUUCAUUCCGGCAAAGUCACACGGGCGAAUUAACACUAGCGAAGUCACACUGGCGAAUUUAAUUACGGCGAAGUCACACAAGUGAAUUAAAACUGACAAAUCCACACAGGCAAAUGUUUUUCCUGAAAGAGGGCUUAAGAAAGAAAAUACUUAAAAUUCCAUCAAUGUUACUAUGGUAUAUGACAAUAAACAAUUUAAUUGUAGCACAAUGUUAUAUAGUAGUAUCUUCUUAUAUAAAUGCGCAUUACAUUCUCCAGCAAAAAACAUUUUUCAGCUUCCGGGUUUUUAAAAAUUGAGGUGCGCAUUGCAUUCGAUGGCGCAUUAGAUUUGUGUAAAUGCGGUAUAUUAGCACAUUUGAUCUAGUUUGUGGAUUUACUGAAGACCUUCUAGAUUUUUUGCCAUAGAUUUUUUUAUUUGCUAGUUAUUCUUUAUGUUGUAAUUUUAUUUAGGUUUUGUUUAUAAUAUCUUCACUACAUGUCCAGCUUCCUACUGAUUGCAUCUUUAUUACACCUUCCUUAUUGCAUAGAAAUGAUAUUCUUUGUAAUUAAUUUAGUAGUGUAUUCUUUUAGAUAAUAGGUCCAUUGAGUUUAGAGAUCUGAAAACCCUGACAACACAUUUUGUUAAAACCGUAAUCUCGAGCUACACAGAAUGAUGCAUUUAAAGGGCUACAUUAAGCAAUAUAACCACUUUCUGAAGAGCUUAUAAUGCAAAUACCCUGUCUAUGCAGCAAUUCAGAAUUUAAUUCUGCAAGAUCUUAGUUAAAGGUGUUUUUUUGUUUUGUUUUUUACUAGAACGUAACUCCCCCUCUGACUGUUGACAAUCAGCUAGCUCAGAAUUUGUAUCCAUGUUUGAUAGGCGCAGUCUGCGUACUGCACGCACACCUUAGUCUGAGCUCAUUUUUCCUCUCACUGUAUAACUCCUGUCAGUAUACAGAGCAGUUCCACUGUAUGGCUGCCAACAGCAUACAGAGUUUUAGUAAUAAACUACUUAUGGGAUAAGAGUUUGUUCCCUGUAACAGAGGUUUGCCCUCCGCUCCAGGCCCACUUAAGAUUUUCUUAAAUGCAUUAUCUUUUAACCCCAUAGUCUGUCUUAAGUAAAAAAAAGUUUGUGACCGGUACGUGGAAAACCAUUUUGACGCUGGAAUUCACCUUUAUUUUUAACAGUGUACAUUUCCUAAUACUGGGGCCCGGAUUAUGAUGUUCAUUGGGGGCCCAGCCACUCAAGGGCCCGGCAUGGUAGUGGGAGACGACCUAAAGACCCCAAUCCGCUCCUGGCAUGACAUUGAAAAAGAUAAUGCUAAAUAUGUCAAAAAGGCAACCAAGGUGAGCAUUCAGUAUCCUCUUUCCCUGUUAUAAUAUCAGAGUCUAAGACGAACCAUCUACAUAUUUUGAAAUAAAAAAAAACCAUGACAUUGUUUGCAUAUUUUGUCAUAAAUGUAGAAUACUGUUACAGAAAAUGUAAAAGUAAAGGAAAAGCCAUUCAACUAUAAGCAUAGAUAUGGUAAGGGCGUUAAAUAAACAUAUUUGUCUUAAUAUUUAAAGAGGGACAGUCACUACAUAGAUUUUAGCACACUAUUCUUGCACGCCAUGUUUUACAAAUGCCCAAGACCGUGGUAUCAUGGGGCCACGAAGUCAUCCUGAAAACAGAAAUGCUGAGAAAUCGUGUUUAGUACAUAUAUCUACAGCACUGUUCCACCUGUCCCCUCACCAUAAACACUUCAGUAGCAUUUAUUGGGCUGAGGGAGCACAGUUAUUAUUAUUAAUGGUAUUUAUAUAGCACCAGCAUAUUCCGUUGCACUUUACAAUAUUAUCAAAGGGGGAGAUUUAACAAUGAAUGAGACAAUUACAAAAACUUACAGGAACAAUAGGUUGAAGAGGGCCCUGCUCAAACAAGCUUACAGUUUACCUCUUUCAUAUCAUGUGAUGAUUAUUUUUAAUAUCAUGCUUUUCUGUAGAAUAGAUGCGACUCACAUUCAGGUCCUUCUCUCUAGGCAUGAUUUCAAAUGACCUUAAAGUUUUUAAAUACACACUCCAUGUGGUCUGGGAUUAGUGCCCCUGCUGUUUAAUCCUGCUUUGUAGAAACAGCAAUAUUUCCGAUAUUGGGUUAAGCACACCUCUAGUAUCUGUUUUUCUGACAGACCACUGGAGGCAUUUCCACUGUGAGAACGAAGUCCGAUUCAGUUCUCAAUCACAUGAAAGAGAGCAUAUGAUUGGUGCAGUGCAGAAAUUUCUAGCGCAUGUGCACCUCCCUGUGCAAUUGUUCCCUACGGAUUAGCAUUGGAUUAGUUGCGAUUUUCAACCUUGAUGAUUUCAGGGGGGGAGACAGGGCAGCAGCACGGGGACUGGCAUGGCGAGGGCUAUAAAGUAAGUAAAUCUGCCUUUUUAUUGCAAAUUGGAGGGGCAGUCACCUAAAUAGAAGUUAGGGAUACAUGGUUUUAUUCCUAAGUGUUUCUUUAAUUGAAAUGAAAAGCAACUGAAUGGUGUAAAAGAUAAACCUGGAUCAUUAAAAAGAGCAGGGGUAGGCAACCUUCGGUACUCCAAAUGUCGUGGACUACUUCUCCAGCCGUAAUGCUGUAAAGCAUCAAAUUAGAUGUAGUCCACAACGUCUGGAGUGCCGAAGUUUUGCCUACUCCUUAUAUAGAGGGAAACUUGCAGUUUAAGUUGUACAUACUCACAGUUAGUGUGAGUUUACUUACUGUUUCAAAAAUUAUAUUUUAAAAAUGGACGUGGUUCCUUCUGCUGAUAACACGGAACUUUGCCAUUAUCAAUUAAAAUGUUUCUCUGCUGCAGGAAGAAAUGAUAGAACCCCAAAUUUAGUGAUUUAUUACGAUCUAGCUAUUGUGCUGUUGCAGUGAAAAGAACAUUAACUUGGGAGCUAAACAUUUUUGAAAUCCUGCAGGUGUGUUAGAGGUUAUGUAAUCUGCCCAGAUACCUAAUAUUUAUUAUAGCAUGAAAAUUCUAUUACAAGAAACCCAUUAUUUUCCAUUUGAAGUUUUACAAAAUAGUGAAGAAGAACACAUUCAAACCGAAGCAAUGAACUGCUCACUUUUAGAAUUAAAAGGAUGUAUAAAACGUGAUACAACACAAGGUAGUAUGCAAUUCUUAGCAGUGUUACUUCGGAAAAGUUCUAACCCAAUUAGAAUAUGCUAGCACCACUCAGUCUAGCCCACUCUAGUUACCCUUGUUAGUUAUCCUCUUUCCUUUUUUAGUCAAAUUAAAACCGUGCUUUAAAAUAGUUCUCUCUUAUAGCAAUUAUUCUUAGAUGUUUAUAUUGUACACCAGUGUUUCUGUUUUCAGUAUUCGAAAUAGAACAUAGAACUUGUGAGAACCAUUGUUAGAUUGAUGGAAAGAUGCGUUCUCUGAAGACAGAUUGUGGAAAUAUUUAUAAUAUGUAUUAGAACAUUAAAUUUCCAUAGCAGAUCCAAAACAAUUCUUGGCUGAAGCACUGCCCUUUCGGUUAAAUAUAAUCAUGUUCCAUUUCCUUUUUGUGGAUAAUUUAUCUUUUCAUGUUUGUAUCCUGGUUUGGGAUAUACCAAGAUUUUCAGUGUAGUGGUUAAAGUCUAAAAACAGAUGACGAUAUCCAGUGUAAGAGUUUUCUUGUCCUGCUUGAGAAAUGCAUUUUCCAUAAUAGUUUUAAUGUUAGGCAUGUUAAUACUUAAAUGAACAUUUUAACCUUAUGGGGUUUUUGUUUUUUUGCCCCAACAUAAAAAUUGUUCCUUUCCUUCUUGCUCUCAGCACUUCGAAGCUCUGGCGAACCGCGCUGCUACAUCCGGCCAUGUGAUUGACAUCUAUGCCUGUGCGCUGGACCAGACUGGGCUCAUGGAAAUGAAGUGCUGUCCAAACUAUACUGGGUAAUACUGUCUACAUACUUCAUUAUUAAUGCAGUAUGAGCAUCUGUGUACUUGGUGCUGUAAAGACGUAUAUUUUUGCUUUCUCAUCAGCUAACAAUUUUUAUGGUUAGUUAGUUACUAGGAAAAAUUGAUCUGUGUAAAGGUGUAAAAUAACUAACCAGCUAUACAUAUACAUAUAUACAUGAGGUCCAUCCAGAAAAAGUCCAGCCAUUGUUAAUCUAUCGAGAAUGGUUUGCGCAACAUCCUCUUAACCUGACAUCCAAACAGACUGGACUGGAAUGCGCAUGCGUGAACAAUGAUGACUUCACUGUACUAGUCAGUGGGGUUGCUAAACGUCGUUGAGUGAGCUUGUGUAUUGUGUGGCCGUCGCAUUCAAAAUGACUGAGCGUGUAGAGCAACGAAUCUGCGUCAAAUUUUGCGUUAAGCUUGAACAUUCCUCUGCGGAAACUAUUAGGAUGAUGCAGAAGGCUUUCAGGCACGAUGCAAUGAGUGAAGGGCAAAUAAAAGUGUGGCACAAACACUUCAAAGAUGGUUGAGAUUCUGUUGAAAGAUUUGGCACCCUGCGACUUCUGGCUUUUCCCAAAACUAAAAUCACCUUUGAAAAGGGAGAGAUUUCAAACUGUCUAUGAGAUUCAGGUAAAUACAACGGGGCAGCUAUUGCCAAUUGCAGCAAAGGAUUUUGCAGAGUGUUUUGAACAGUGGAAGAGAUGCUGGGAGAACUGUGUGAGGUCCCAAGGUGCCUACAUCUUAACAUCUGGUGGGCUAUCAAAGAUGUAAAUAAAAAAUAUAUUUUUGCUAUUUUUACAAAUUUUCUGGCAUGCACAAAAUUACUGUUUAGAAUAUCCAUGUUAGUUAUGUGACUGUAACUGAUUAAUUUUGCAGAUCCAUUCUUUGUGAAUGUUUUAUAGAUCACACGUAGUACGUUGGAUAUCUUCACGUUUGGUACAUACAUUAAAUACCCUGCAUGGGGGAUGUGGUUACAGAAAACAAAAAUAAGGUUUUUGAAUGUAUAUUAGCUGAGCACACCGCUUUCUCGGACAGGAUUAACCAUAAAAAGGAAACUAAAAUCUAUUUCUGCAAUCAGUCUCUUCUGUCAUAUGCAAACAGACAGUGUAUAAUAUUAAGGCAAUAAAGCUGAUUAAACAAAACCUUUGUACUGCAAACAUGUACAUCCAGAUAAUUCCUUGAACCACAAUUGUAAGCUCCCAAAAACUAACUAGAGGGUAUGUAUUCAUUUUUCUUUUUUUCCCCUUUUUUAUUCAUACUUUUUUAUUUGUUGGUCAGACAGCAUUAAUUCAGGCCAAUCUGUUCUUCCAGAAUGGCCAUAGUGUUGGGAUUAACGUUCUAUUCGCUUAUUCUUCCUCCUGCCUUUACAAGUAUGUUUAUGCCAUACAAAUCUCCAUCAAGGCUACUUCUUAAAGCAUUUUGUGAAUGGAAUAAACUUUUUAAUAAGCUGACAAGAGCUGGGGUUCAACUGUACUCAGUUUAUACAGUAGUUUCAUUCAUCUUCUGUGAUAAAUUGCUGUCAAGUGCUAGACUAAAUAGCCCUUAAUCUGCCCAAAUACAAAAUAAAUUUUAAAAAUCACUGUUUAGUAGAUAAACUAGAAAUGAUGACUUGCAUGUAUUUAGUUAUAAUUUUUUUUAUUUGGGGUUCAUCAAAAACUGCUUGCAAAACCUGCAGUUGUCUUGUCUGCAUCAUUUGCAAGCCCUCCCCUUCUAACCCUGAUCAGACUUUCUGUGGUUGUCCAAUCACAGACUUCCCAAUACAGCCCAAUGAGAAGUCUUUGCAAGGCAGAUGCUCUUGGCAAUUGCUCCCUCUCGAGUUUAGCUCCACAGAGCUAAACAACCAGGAAGUAACAGGCCCAGUUGUCUGCUUGAGAGCCAAAGGGGUGUAACAAGGUUAAUUUAUAAAAGUAUCACUUUCUGUGAAAUGAAAAAAAUAGGACACGCUCUUCACACAGAAAACAAGCUAAAGUGCUUUAGGGGUCUGAAAAGUACGUAUUUGCAAAAAAGCUUGAAAAAAGUGGGGAGCUGAGAGUGUUAUUCAGCUGUGCCCUUGUCCAAGGCUUCUUGAUUCAAGUCUUGGAUGAAAGUGGAAAGAGAGGAGCUGGAUUCAACACUUUGUAGUGAAACUGUUUAUUAAAGGUUUAAACCCUAAAGGUGAGCCUGCACUGGGGACCUCUUGGCACCAUAACAACUUAAAGGACCACUCUAGGCACCAAGACCACUUCAGCUUAAUGAAGUGGUCUGGGUGCCAGGUCCUUCAGGGUUAACCCAUUUUUUUAUAAACAUAGCAAACUGCUAUGUUUAUCAAUGGGUUAAGCCUUCCCCCUAAUCCUCUAGUGGCUGUCUCAUUGACAGCCACUAGAGGCGCUUGCGUGCUUCUCACUGUGAUUUUCACGGUGAGAGCACGCCAGCGUCCAUAGGAAAGCAUUGUAAAUGCUUUCCUAUGAGACCGGCUGAAUGCGCGCGCAGCUCUUGCCGCGCGUGCGCAUUCAGCCGGCGGGGCGUAACGGAGGCGGAGAGGAGGAGGAGAGCUCUCCGCCCAGCGCUGGAAAAAGGUAAGUUUUUACCCCUUUCCCCUUCCAGAGCCGGGCGGGAGGGGGUCCCUGAGGGUGGGGGCACCCUCAGGGCACUAUAGUGCCAGGAAAACAAGUAUGUUUUCCUGGCACUAUAGUGGUCCUUUAAUUACGAUGAGAUUAUUGUGGUUCCCACAGGGUUUCUUUAAACCCUGGCUGGCCAAGGAUUUAUGACAUAUGCUUACUACUCCCUUUGAAAAUGAGUAGACAGGACUAGCUGACAUGUCAGCUACUGGGCAGAUUUUAUUGCAGGAAGCUCCUGAGGUGAAUACAUUAGGGAUUUCUAUCAUUUGUAAGUAUGUUCUACAUAAUGCAUUCAAAUUACAAUUAUUAAAUGGUGAAAUGUGUUAUCUCCUCGUUCAGUAACAAAUUUUUGUAGUAAAGGUGUCCACUAUCAGCAGUGAGGGCCUGACUCAAGCCAACCUGUGUACAUUUAUUAAUGCAUUUAGUUAAAAGAACACUAUAGUGUUAAAAUCACUAUCUACCCUCCUUGCCUCCCCUUGUCUUCCCAAAUAUAGUUAAGUUGUACAUUUAUUCCAGUCUGCUGCUGCUAGCUCUGCCCCUGAUUUGCCUCCAUGGCUGACAUCAUCAGACAUGGUGAUCUCAGCCUAUCACAAUGCUUUCCCAUAGGAAAGCAUUGGAUUGGCUGAGAUUGUCAAAGAGGCAGAUCAGGGGCAGAGCCAGCAUAAGCCAAACACAACCCUUGCCAAUCAGCAUCUCCUCAUAGAGAUGCAUAGAAUCAGUGCAUCUCUAUGAGGAAAGUUAAGUGUCUCCAUGCAUUGGGUGUACACACUGAAUGUCAGUGCUGCACACUGUGCAGCACUGCCCCAAGAAGCACCUCUAGUAGCCACCCGAGGAGUAGCCAGUGGAGGUAUCUCUAGGCUGUCAUGUAAACACUGCCCUUUCUCUAAAAAAAACACAUACAUACCAGAACAAAUACAAUAAGCCGUAGUUGUACUGGUGACUAUAGUGUCCCGUUAAUUUCAGACAAGCCACAGAUUAUUAGCUUAACCAUAGGGAUAAUAUGCAUUAGUGCUAAUUGUCUCCCGUCUGUGUUUGUGUGUUGCUCUAUUAAAAUAUUACUAUUUCAUACAUUAAAAGCAGCUUUAACCAAGAACAGUUUAUUUUUUUAAUUAUUUUUUUACUCUCUUAUUUAUUUAUUAGAGCACAUUAGAAAAAAGGCAUGAGAAAAUUUGUUUGGUAGCAGUUAUUUAGAUUCCAUUUUGCAGGUUACAUAAAUAUCAAUCACUCGAAUUAUAAACAAUUAAGUAACAAUUUAUAAAAUUCUGUUACAAAGGUUUAUUAUGGAACCCCCUGAUAAAAGGGGUGCCAGUACCACAGCUUAAUGCAUGGGUUACAGUGCGUAGAGUCUUUGACUGCGAUCGUCUUCAAUCAGGUUGACAACAAACACAGUAUAUCACAGACCUCCAAAUCCGGACUGAAAUGAGAUUGUUGAUAGAAUGAAAAAUAGUGAAAGGCAUUGGAGAAUCAAAGCAUUUCUGAACUCCCGUUGUACUCAGUCUGCGAGAUGAUUGACUGUUUGUGGCGACCCUGCUGUACCAGUUACUUAACCCCUGCAGGCUGUAGUGCUUAUGGUGCAUACAGUGCCUCUUUAAGUAUGACAAUAUAAUUUAUUGUUUUUCUGUGAUAUAAGACUUUCCUCACAUAACAACCCACAAGAAAAAAAGAUUCAAUGUAACAGCAAAUUGGUUGUUUUAUAGGAAAUACAUAUAAACAAAUUUAUGUAAUUAGCAGAACAUUAUUUAUGGUACUUGCUCUCCAGUUAAACCCUUAGGAGUAAAGUCAUCUCCUCCUUAAUUUAUGAUGUGAGCAUUACAUGUCAGAUUUAAUAAGAUGUUAUGAGUUGCUAAGAGAUGUUUACAAGAGCCUUGGUAGCAAGGAGAUAAAACAUGAUCAAUUAGUUUAAAUGUCCUUUUGUCUGUCAUCAGGGCUUUCCUGUCAACACUUCCCUCUCCCGUUAACGCAUCCAUUUCAGUUCGCUGUAUUGUUUUAUUUUCUAUAGAACUUGAGACACAAAUUACUUGUAGUAACAUUUAGUUCUCUUUGAAAUCAAACCAUUUGAGCCUCACUUCUAUUUUUCUUGUUCUAAGCCACAAAAGUUGCAUUCACAUUACUAAAUCCUCACUGUCGCAACAUUUUCUUUACAGAAAUCAAUUUAAAACAACAACCUAACAGGUAAUUAUCACAUUCAUCUUACCAGUCUGUUUUAGAUCAAGCUGUAAAUAUCACUCGGAAUUUCUGACUGUUUCAGUAUAGUCAGGCAUUCUGGAAUGAAAUCAGAUUUAUCUUUGACAGAAGAAACGGUAUAAUCAAAGCACGAAGCAGAAACCGAACAGCUCCCAGUUUCCCUCUGCUCAGGACAAAAAUAAAAAAUUCUUAGAACUUUCUCAUGUGUUUUUAAUCAAGAGUCAUUGAGAAAUAUUUUAUUCUGAUUAAAACAAGCGAAGCACACAUUCUGAGCAAAUUUAUAAAAACAAAAAAAAACAAAUCAACAGAGAUAUACACAUUUUUGAAAAUACCAUAUGAUGGUGAGAUCUGUGAUAUCCUUCAAAAGUGUUUAUUUAAAACUUUAUAUCUCACCAUUCACUUUGUUUUGUUUUAUCUUGUGUCUUGCUUCUAAGUUUUUGUUCAGGGAUAAAACCAUUUACAGACAUUUUUCCUAUGCGACAACUCGGGCCCAUUGACAAACCUCUGUGCAAACCCACGACUCGGGUCCCGAAGGCUGGUAUUCACACUGUUGGUCAUGUGUCGCCUAUGAUUUAUCUUUGCUUUUUUGAUAUGCUUCCUCUUGUCCGAGACUCCCAACAGUUGGGGAGUAUAUGGUCCGUAGGACAUUUCUGCUGACAGUCACACCCUAAAUAUAUAACAUCUUAUUUUUACGGAUCAAGAAGAACAUCUUUUUUUUUUACAGAAGGCAAAUUGUGUUAAUUUUUAUACUUCAGCAGUAUUGGAAUGUUUUGAAACCUCCCUCUUUGAUGUGCAUUGGGUGUACUUCCAAAGAAAAUAGACAGCAGUGUUACUAUACAUGAAUAUGCAACUAUAUAUGUUUGCUUCCUUGUAGCAAACUGAAGAAACCAGAAAAAAAUGUGUUUUGUUCCACAUUCCCAAAUUUCUAAUUCCUCUUUAUAUCAUGCAAUUAAGAUUCACUAUAAAACACAACUGAUUAGACACAAGGGCUCUCCAGAUUUACAAACUGCCGGGGGAAAAAAAAUAAGUUUGCAGAGCACAAAUUGCACAGUCCUCUGUUAUGAAUGAUCCUCUAGUGUAAGAAGUGAUAAUCCCUUUAGAGCGAGAACUAUGGGAACUCCUUUCCCUCUGAAAUAUAGCAAGGGAACGGGGUUCCCCUGAGUUCCUACUGCAUUGGAAUAACGUCUGUUUAAAUUAACUAUAGGAUUUAGAACCAUUUACUGCUAUGAAAUAUAGUUUUCUUGGAGCAAUAUUUGUUUAAAUUGGCAUGUUAGAUAAUAUUAAGAAGUAUCCUCUGAGUAUGCAAUGUCUUGUUUAGUAAAAGUAAAGCAUUAUUUUUUUUUUGUAAACGAACCAUUGCAAGUUAAUUCUCACUCUUUCUAUUUUCGCAGUGGAUACAUGGUAAUGGGAGAUUCCUUCAACACGUCUUUAUUCAAACAGACCUUUCAAAGAGUUUUUACAAAAGACCCACAGGGCAACUUUAAAAUGGCAUUUGGUGGCACUUUAGAAAUCAAGGUGAGUACAUAGUCUUGUAAAAAAAAAAAAACUGUAAUGUAUUUCUUGUGAAUUCAUUAUUAUGUUAAUAUUGGCAAAAUGUGUGUUUAAUAUGAAGAUCUCUGUUAGGAUGAUAAAUAUAUUUAUUAAAGGAACACUGUAGGCACCCAGACCACUUCAGCCCAUUGAAGUGGUCAGGGUGCCAACUCCCUACACCCUUAACCCUGCAAGUGUCAUUAUUGCAGUUUUUAUAAACUGCAAUACAUACCUUGCAAGGUUAAGUCCUCCUCUAGUGGCUAUCUACAAGACAGGCACUAGUGGGACUUACGGCUUCUUAGACGACUUUUGGCGCUAUGCAUGAGGACCUCCAGCGUCCCUGGAAUUCCAAUAGGAAAGUAUUUAAUAAUACUUUCCUAUGGGGAGGUCUAAUGCACGGACACGCGGCCAUUGCCUCGCAUGUGCAUUAGGUCUCGUCGGCGGGGAAGGAGCGGUGGUGGAGCCUGGCCCAGCGCUGACGGACAUCAACGCUGGAUUCGGGUAAGUGUCUGAAGGGGUUUUAACCCCUUCAGCAACGUGAGAUGGGGGGCGGGACUCCAGUACUCUCUAGUGCGAUAUAGCAAGUAAAAUAAAUAGAAGGUAUAAGUGUAAGUUGAGGAAAUGUCAUUGGAUGUAGAAUAAACACAGUGCAACACCUGUUGAGAAGGAGGACAUAGAACAGGUCAAGUAAAGGAAAGGGAGCGGAACGAGGGGAUACAAUAUCUUCUCAAGUAGAGUUAAGAAAGGUAAAAGGACACAUGAUGGGGAUCACAGUGAACUCUCCUGGUGCAUCAAUGAAGGGUCAAGUUCUAAAAGUGGCAAGCUACCAAAGGGGUGGCAUAUACUGAGAAGGCGGGAAAGUCAUGGUGACUCAAUAGGAGACAAUAUUGGCUCGCCUUUCAUAUCAGGAAGUAUUUUUUUCUCAUCUUAAUUAGCAGAUGGAAAAGCUCUUCCCUAACCCUAAUAUUUUCAAUUUGGUGUAUUGUAAUGGAGGAGUUAAGGCUUUGAGUAUGGCUGGUUAUGGGAACACAUAGUAAAACUUGGUAGACAGAAAAGAGCUUCUCGAUGCAGUAUUUAUUGACCAUCAUACAGAUUUCCAAACAAUCCCAAAUUAAUGGAUAUUCCUUUCGAAACACAAUGUAAUAAACCUCAAAUCCUUGAUUACUGGUCGUCUUUGAUGACUGGUUUGAGAUUUUUAUAUCUUCAGUUUCAGUAAAUUCUUGUGAAUGCAUGUUUUUAGAAAUUCCCAGCUGACCCUUACUGUUUUUUUUCCCAUGUUUCCUGGAAGACCUCUAGAGAGCUGAAGAUUUCUGGAGCUAUUGGACCUUGCGUAUCUUUAAAUGCCAAGGGACCGUGUGUGUCUGAAAAUGUGAGUUUCCUUUUAUUACAUUCUAAAUUACGUUCUAGUUUAGAAAUUUCUUGUUUUAAGAACAGUGACCAUAAUGUUACCCCGAAGGGAUGUUUUACAGAAGACUGUGGAAUGAUUUAAAAUGUGUUAAUUAAUGACGUUAUGAAAAGUAUGUUUCAUUACCUUCUCCCUAAAGAAAUGCAUGUUUGGAUGGAAAGAUGCAUCAAUCAGUGCAUGUGUCUGGCUUUCUAUCUAUCUACAGCAAUGGUUCUUAAAGAGACACAGAGGGGCAAAAUACCUCCUAUUUUAAAACAUUACGUAAAUCAAGUUUUAAAAAUAAUGAAAAAGCGUGAAACAUCUCAUUUUAAAGGUUUCUAAUGUUAUCGAUAUUUGCACAGCAAAUGACAGCUCUGUGAGAUGCCAUUCACUUACUCUAUAGAGUGUUGGAUGCUCCUGCAUAGAAUUUCCAUUCGCUCUUCUGAGAUAAACCCUGCCAUUCAGGGCCAGCUCAUUGGCUGAGAGCGUCAACUGGUUGCUCUCGCCAUUGAACUAAGGCCUGCACCACCGGGUUUAACUCACUGCAGACAGUUUCUGGCUCUGGUAGAGAAAUUGACCAGCAACCACAGAUAAAAAGUCAACUGCUGGCAAACAAUUUGUCUGCCUAGAUUAGCGUGCUGUAGUGAUUAUGGUGUGGGGAGAGUUCCCUGAAAGGUAAUGCAAUGGCUCAUAUGUAUACUUUAACGUACUAGUUUUAACCAUAACUCUACUAUUGGAUUUGUGUAAUAUAACUUACCGCUUCUUUAAAAAAAUGAAAUUGCGCCUUUAAUAGCGCACGAUGAAACUACAGAGCUUUAAAUAUUUUAUUACCUAAUUCAGUAGUGAAAUAGUAUUUACCUUUUUUAUUAUUACACGUUUCACGUGUUACUCAAAAGACUAUCAGCCUGCUACUAAGUAACUGGACUAAAGGUCCAUACAGCAAUUAAGCAGUUAAUUAUUGGAGCUAUUUAGUCAUGGGUUUUAAUGAACCGGUAAUAGUAUCAUUUAACGUUGUUUAAUGUCAGCGGAUAUUAUAUUGAGAAUUUACUGCUUGAAGAGUAAAAAGCCUUAAUGACGUUUACUAGGAUACAGAAAUAUUGAGCGCAAUUGUAGCCCUAAUUGUAUCUAAUUAAAAAAAAAAAAAAAAAACUCUUAAUAUUUGUGUUGUCUAUUUUCUUAGGAGAUUGGAACCGGUGCCACAUGCCAGUGGAAAAUAUGUGGCCUGAGUACCACUACAACACUUGCAGUUUAUUUCGAGAUAGUCAAUCAGGUAAGCUGUGCUUGCAAAUUGCAAAUUAUUAUGGGCAUGGCGAGUCAUCUGCCUUUAAAUUGUGUCUUUUUUUUUUUCCGUGUUUUUUUUUUUGCAUUUCUUUAUAGUAGUGUAUUUGUAAUGUGCAGAUAAUAAAAGGCUUGGGAAUCUAUUUCCUCAAAAAAUUGAAUGGCUUAGCAGGACUUUUCUGUGGUAUCCAUGUAACAUUACGAUUGAAUGUGGCAAAAAAAGAUGCGCAGAUGUCCAAUAUUACACAGGGCAUCCAUAACUACAACCUUCACGAACACGGCAUUCUUAUAACUUACUUCAUCUGUGACACUCGUUGUAUAAACACUAAUCAGUUGCAUAUGUGGCACCCACAUUGCAACAAGGAUUAUAAUUGCAACUUCUUUAUCAUAUUAGGUAAACACAUCACAUGCAGUACCCACGUUUUUAUAUCAUAUACAACACCGAUAACAGUGUCAUUCAUAUAACAAUACAUAUGGGACGCUCGUGUGUCAUAUGCUUACUCAUGUGAUGUCCCAAAACAAAUAUUUUCAAAGAUAUCUUGUGCGCACAAUACAUACCGAUUCAAGGGCAGUGAAUGUAAUGUAGCUCUGGCUACAUUGUGUAUCUGUGUUCCCAUUUUCCCAUAUAGUUCAGCAGACGCCUGCUUAGUGAAAGAGGGUGUUUGGUGCGCGAUGGAACUUAGUGGGCAAUCAGCAUGUUGUAUAAUAUAUCCAUGAGGCUGAAUGUGUCCUGCAUCUGUGAGAAUACUGGCUGCAACAUUCUGCACAGCGUUGCACAGUGCCCUUGCGGGAUGAUUCUGUUACCAGGAGACAUUUUGGUGUCCCCUUGGCAACCUGGAAUGUAGUGAAGUGUUUUCCAAACCAGUCCUCAAAACUCACCAACACUCCAUGUUUUGUCAGUAUCUCUUUUGGAAUAAAACAGGGAAAUACAUAAAUCCUGAAUCGUUGGUGGGCUAUGAGGACUGGUUUGGGAACCACCGAUGUAGGGUGUUUCAGGGUCCGGGUUAAACAGGACCACAUGAAGAAAAAGAGAAAAGGUCUCCAUAUUAGAAAUAUUGAGCUUUAGAAAAAAACAAUUGCAAUUUAAAAAGAGAAUCGUUUUGAAGGUUCACUCUAAGCACCAUAACAGCCUUGCAUCAUUGUAAAAGUUACAGUGCACAUUGUCUCUCUUCUGAGAGUGGUGUGACACCGCAAAAGGAGUUUCUGCUUUGUAGAUGCACCAGUUUUGUCCAACUUGUGAGUGCAGUAUACUCAUACAUCACGCACAGGUAAAAAGGAGCUCUCUUUCUUCCUUGGAAGCUGUGUAUAAACUGAUAAUCGCCAUAUUGCUGCUUUAUAUUUAUUCAGCAAUUCCAGUUAUCCUAUGUGAGCGAUAAACUACUUAUCCCCUUAUUAGGAAAGAGUUUAUAGGAUAAGAUCAGACCUACGAGGCCAGAAUGAGAGGUUAUAUUAAAAAAUAAGUGGUCUGUGUUUUCCCUUUUACUCUAUUACUGAGCUAUUACAUAGCUUGUUCAGACUGAUGCUCAGUUAAGAUGAAUUUGACAUUUGCUUGCUGGGCAGUCCAGCGGGGCAAAAUUCAGUGCAGUGGAUUAGUGAGUUAACUGCUUGCUGAGCUAAAUACUUCGAGAGUGUAAGCAGUGUGUUCGAUCUCCCUUCGUAACAGGCCACUCUUACUGCCCACUUCCUCCACAUUUUUAUGCAGAGACAUGUGUAUUGUACAUCUAUAGCUAAACUGACUUAGUAGUUUUAAUUAAUAUUCCAGUAGAAAUCACGAUAUUAAUGCCAAUACUUAUUUUAAAAAUGGAUACCGAAGAACUUUAUUAAACAUAAUGCAGCCCUGACGUGAUUUUGUUUGUGGCAUAUUUUAAGGCAGCGUUCUGCACUCCAGAUGUUGUGGGCUACAUCUCCCAUACUGUUCUUACAGCCCUAAUGCUAACAAUGCAGUCCACAACAUCUGGAUUGCCCACCCAGAGACGGCUCUCUAAUUAGGCGAUUUAGGUGGCCGCGAGGCUUAGACUGACCUGUUGGGUCCUAGGUCUGUGACCGAGGGCCCGGUGGCUUGCUCUGUAUUCCACCGGGUGCGAGGCCCCUUCAUGCAGUCUGCUCUGAGAGUGAGUCCAUUGCCGCCCGUCUGUCAGGUGCAGAGCUGCAGACUGAAGUGUCUCCCAAUCUCCAGGCAAUCAGAGCAUUGCUGCGGGUUAUCAUGGCAACACUCUGACUGGGUCAGUCAUAAAACGCAGCUUUGCCUUAAACACAGUGCACAAAGGCCACUGGCAGCCCCAUUUACACAAAACACUGCAAGCAGUAACCCCACACAUACAGUCCCAGACACAAACAUACAUAUGCUCACAGAAACAUAGAUUAACCUACAAGGAUGCUCACUGUCAGACACACUCUCAGGCACAUACACAGGUAGACAGUGCAAAACACACUCAGAAAUACACACAGCCAAAUAUAUACACAUUGUGACUGUAUGUCUGUAUUAGUCAAUAUUUUUGUCUCUGUGCAUCAGUGUGUUGUGUGUGUGGGAAUGAGCAUGUAUCAUUGUGUAUAAGUAUUUGUGUAUAUAUAUAUAUAUAUGUGCAUGUAUUAGUGUGUGUUUGUGUGUCUACAUCUGCAAUGUAAAGGUGAUGUUGUAUGGGCAAUGCAAAUGUAAAAUGGCAAGUGAUAUAUAUUAUACACAUACAUAUACAAUACUUGGGGAAACAUAUAUAUGUAAAGGAUUUUAGAAUAUGUGGGGAAAAUGUCUAUGACACUGUUUUCUUAUUUGUACCUUUAUUAUUAUUUGGUAAAUUAUUUUUUAAAAGCCCAAACCAAAGUUUUACACCGGCACUUAUGUAUAUAUGACUGCCAGGCUAUACAACUAUACCCUGCAAUCGUGUAUGAACACUUAGAAUAAUUGCAAAUUAAAUGUGUUUAUUGCAAAUUAUGCCAUAACUACAGUCAGAGAGCUUACAACGCAGUGGCACAGGGAGCCGCGACAGUGCAAGCCUCUGAACGAUGAAUACAGAGACUAGCCCUCUAUAUCCAACGCUGGUAGGCCGCCCUUCAAUAUAUCUGCAGCUCUUUAUACACACACAUAUGGCAAUUGUUCACAAUUUUAUUGUUCACUAAUGGUGUAAGUGGCGACCUCAUGCUUGAGUUUUUGCCUAAGGCCUCGCAAAGUCUAGAGCCGCCACUGUUCCUAACCCUUCCUUAAGGUGACUUGUGACUUCUGGUGGAAAAACCACAUAAAAGUCUAUUUUAUUGCUGAUCAGCCGACUUUAAUUCUGGUUACUGGGUCUUUUGUUGUACAAUAUGACACUGUUUUGUUUUAAUGUCCAAAUAGUUUAGCCUAUAUUUGUCUAGAAUGUAUACAACUAGUAGUCUGUCACUGAUGCACACAAUUCUGGAACAUUUGCCAAAGGAUUCCACGGAGCUCCACUGGCCCAAGGAAUGUAUAUCCUACUAGUUCUGUAUUCAGAGCCAGAAAAUGCUACUAAUUUUUUAAUAUAUGACUGCUUAUCUGUAUACAUCCUAUUAAAUAAUAAUUAUUAUAAACACUUUGAAAGACAAAUAUGUCGGUAAUGUUUAGUAUAGAUGUGUAAAUCACAAAAGCUGACUGUUCCUUUGUAAAUAUGAAAUGAAUUUUGUGCUGCCCUUGAUGUAUGCUUUGUAGCUCUGUGAUAUCCUGUAGUAAAUAUGAUCAUGCACACUACAUAGCUGUGUUGUAAACGUGUACAUUUCUGAUCCGAGGGGUACACAACAAUGAAGAACUACUGCUUUAAAAAAAAUAAAAAAUAAAUACACCCACAUAUACAGACGCAGUUAUUUUCAACAUAUUGUACUUCUACCAAUGACCGUAUAUUUUUUCCAUUCUACAUUGUCACACGUAAAACACACAUUACAUUUUGGCUGAGACAGUUAAUAAAUAUAGAUUUGAGGUUGUUGAAAAAAUAAAAACAUUAGAAACAACAUUUUAGUCAUUCGAGAUCAACAAUAAAAAAAAAAAAAAAAUUUUUAAUCCACAGUUUCUUCUGAAUGCUUCGUCUGUUAGUGACCACACAUUUCCUGUCGUCUACUAGGGUUAUGUCAUGUUGCCCAUUUCCCAGCACAGCAUUUUCGCUAAACGUUUUGUUUUCUGUCGUGAAAGCGUUUAUAUUUUCCCACUGCUUUUAUCCAGUGCAAUCCUUUACUGACUUUUUUUUUUUGUAAUUGUCCAAAACCAUAUGUUGGCUUUCUUGAUAGAACUAAAGUGUCCAGCGUAAUGAAAAAUACACCAUUGCAGUCAUUUUAUACCAGGAGUCAGUUGUGGACUUGAAUUUCAGUUUGUCUUGGUUUUAUGCAUAGAUUCUACCUGCAGUGAAUAAAAAAAAAAAACAUGGUUUAGUUUGAUUGCACUUGGCUGCUUUAAAAAAAGUGCCUAAGAAUCAUGGCAAAUAUAGUUAGCAAACAUUUGCAGUGCCAAAACAACUUUUAAAUCUGAUCUAAUUGUUUAAUUUUAAACCUUCGGGGUUUAUGCAAUGAAUGUAAGCAAAAAAAGGAAAAUUCUAGUUUUCUUAAGACUGCAUGAUGCCCAUACUAAACCUUACUAUCCUGUAUCUAUAUUCAAAGACCGAUUUAGGGAAUAAAAAACAAGAUACAUCCAGUCAGCUUAGUCCAAUACCAAUAACAAUAAUUGUUGCAUUCAAAACAUUAACACACUCCUUAUUUACAAUACAAUUCAGACCUGACUCUUGGUGACCUGUAUUAUGUUGUGUAAUAGGAGACGUAGGGUAUUCUAGUCCCAAGCUUUUUAUUUUGGUUUUCAUUCUUUUAAACCAAAAAGAUACAAUAUUUAAUUUAAAGGGACACUAUAGUCACCCAGACCACUUCAGCUCAAUGGCUACCCUGGUGUAGAGAGGGUAUCAGCCGUUAGGGACGUCCUUUUCUUCCUGGCAGUCGCUGUGUAGUGAUGGAGUCGCCUAUUCCCUUCUGCUGGAUCAUGAGUGGAAACCAGGUGCAGCUCUGAAAAGAGCUAAGUGAUUAAGCUGCAGAGAUUCCCCUUUCAAGAACGAGACAAGGCUACGUUUUGAAGGGUCAAGAAGAACUGAGGUUUAAUGACACACACUCUGCUUUUAUGAGAUUCUGCCCAUGCAAGGUAGACACCCACAUAAUUAGCAGAGUAACCAAUCCAUGCAAUAUACAUUUGGUAACUUCCCUCCCCUCAGAUAACCACAUAACAUAAUUAAAAAGGAACAGUUUUUCCCCAAAGUUUGGAUGUACCCCAAAUACUUGGGGUACAGACAUAAAUUUGGUAUCCCCAGAUAGCCCAUAGUUCAGGUACCAACAUAUGAAAAAAUCAACUCAAUCGGUUCAGCCGUUCGGGAGAUAUGGGACUUAGAAGAUUUGACCGACUGCACGGGUACAGUAGCCGAAAACAGUUUCAUGAAUGCUGGCCCUGCAGUCGGUCUAAGAACGUGGGUAAAAACACCCGAACGGCAUGCCAUCCUGGGUUCGCUGAAAUCCCCAUCUGCUGUUAAUCCUUUCUACCGAACGCCCGGUCGUUCGGUAGAUUUGGUGAUAUUUUCCCGAACGUAUGGAGGUCUCAGCGGUGUUCGCCUGUUUGAGUGUCCGAUUUUAGUUCCAGACAAUCAUCGGCAAACACCGCUGUUCGGGAGUUAAAAUGGCCGCGAACAUGUGUAAGUCCCGAAAUGGCGGCUGAGCUUACAGUUCCCAUAGCGUUCGUGCGGUUCAUUCGAAUACAAUGCCCAUCAACCAGGGAGGUAAAUUGGCCCUAAUUAACAGUCAGGGUGGCCUGUUAAGGCAGGUAAGCAUUCGCAUGGUGAAUGCUUACAAAAUUACCGAACGGCUGUAUAAUCCAUUUGUCCUUUUGUAGGCAUACUGGGCUUGUUGUUACAGUCUGGUUGCCAGGUCCCUCCAGGUUUUAACCCUUCACGUGUAAACAUAGCAGUUUUAGAGAAACUGCUAUGUUUACAUAGCAGGGUUAAUCCAACCUCUAGUGGCUGUCUUCCUGACAGCUGCUAGAGGCGCAUCUGCGAUGCUGGAUGUAAAAUUUGCAUCCAACGUGCAGAACGUCCACAGGAAAGCAUUGAGAAAUGCUUUCCUAUGGAUUGUUUAAAUGCGUGCACAUUCCGCUCCACUCGGGAGCAGACGUGGGUGGGGUAGGAGAGGUCACCAGCGCUGAGGGAGCCCGGUGCUGAAUUAAAGGGAAACUCCAGUGCCAGGAAAACAAUCCGUUUUCCUGGCACUGCAGGUCCCCUCUCCCUCCCACCCACCAAUCCCCGGUUGCUGAAGGGGUGAAAACCCCUUCAGUAACUUACCAGAGACAGCGACGAUGUCCCACAUCGCUGCUUCUUCCUCCGCGCCGUUCCUCCCUGUGAAUGUGUCGGCCGGUGGACGAGACUGAUCCCGCCCACCAGCCGGGGAGACCUAAUGCCGCACAAGCGCAUUAGCACUCCCCAUAGGAAAGCAUUGAAAAUGCUUUUCAAUGCUUUCCUAUGGGGAAAUGAGCGACGCUGGAGAUCCUCACACAGCGUGAGGACGUCCAGCGACGCUCUAGCACAGGAUUUCUGUGCUAUAAUCCAGGAAGUGCCCUCUAGUAGACAGCCACUAGAGGUGGAGUUAACCCUGCAAGGUAAUUAUUGCAGUUUAUAAAAAACUGCAAUAAUUACACUUUCAGGGAUAAGAGUAGUGGGAGUUGGCACCCAGACCACUCCAAUGGGCAGAAGUAGUCUGGGUGACUGGAGUGUCCCUUUAAGGUAAGUAGCUGAAAGGGUUUUAACAAACGGGUUUGUUUUCCUGACACUAUAGUGAUCCUUUAAACUAAGCUUUGAUUUUUGGAGCUGAUAUAAUUUCUUUGAGCGCAGUGAUAACUAAAGUAGAGCACCAUCACUAUUGCAGCCUACUGUGAACACCAACAGCUGAUGGUGGUGACAAGUAUUGGCCUCCUUAAAAGGACACAAUAGGCUGGAACUGAGUCCAACUCACUUUAGUGCAUCAUGUAGAUUAUACCUUAAAAUAAUGCAAAAAUCAAAAUAUAGAUUAGAGCGUGUGUAAUGUUGGUGAGAUGUGUUGGCUGUGUGUAAUGUGUGUGUUUUUUGGCUGUACUGUGUGUGAAUGUAGUUUGUGCUUGCUGUCUGUGUGUGGUGUGUGGUUUGUGUAAUGUGUGUGGAUGUAGUGUGAGUAAAGUGUACUCUGUUUUGCCUCCGCUUCAUGCAGAAAUCUUAGCAGGAGAAGGCAAAACAGAGCACACAUUAUACACUGGACCUCCACACACACUUUGUGUGCUGUGGUCCCUGGUGGUUCUUUUGUGGCUUAAAUCUCUGGUGGUCAAGAGGAACAUGUGGUCUACAGUGGGUGCAAACCACAUUAAUAAUGCCUUUGCAGUCUGAUGUGUCGUUGAGUCAGCCCACAGUGGCCGGUAUCCCCAGCUUUCACUCUUGACUUACUAGUGAACAUCGUAACGCAAAGAAGUGAUUCCUUUGGCAUGCACCCACCAGAGGUGCAGAUAGCAUACUCCCAUCCCCUGCUCAAGGCAGCUCUGCUGCUGCAUCUAGCCUGUGGCAUGUCUAAAUGCCCAGAAUAAUCUGUCUGCUUGGUACCCUGAACUUCAUGUCUGCAAAAUUCCACAACCCCGGCCAGUGCUUAGAAUAACCCCCCUAAUAUCAUAUUAUCUUAAGAGCAGUAACUUUAGGUUCCCCAACACACUUUUGUUACAGUGAAUCUAAAUUUAGAUAUUAGGGCUCAGUACCAAUUUAUAGCCAUCUGAUGACAUAAUUAACGAGACACUUGUGACAGUGAAGGAUGUUUUCAUGGCAAUACAUGUAAUUCUUACAUAUUAGCAGAGGUAAUCAUCUAUUGCUUCCUCUUAAAACAUACAAUUUAACUUGAAAGUUGUGUGGAUCUCUUCAUAACCCCGGAAAAACAAUACAUAACUAGAAGAGAAGCCAGGAGAAUCAAAGAUUCUUGCUCCGCAUAUUGUAAACCAAUAACAAUCAUAAUGACUGGGGUGUCCAUUACUCCUACCUGAGCCCCAGGUCCUCCCACAAUUCAACAGACUAUUCUAUUACAUAGAUCAAAGCUCUUUGUAUAUAUCUAAUGGAUUAGACUUUGUGCUAACAUGCAAAUAUAACCUUUAAAUGCAUUCAGUACUUUUAUUCAAGUGCAAACACAGAGUAAUCACACCAUACAAGAACUUGUACAGCCAUCUGGAUUUUCACAAAAAUCAGAAAAACUACAUCACAAAUAUAAAAGAAAUGGGAAAAAAACUAGCUUUAUAUUAAGUGUUAUUGCUUACAGUGUUUGGAGUGUUCCACUAGUAAAAGAAAUAGUAUGUUGUCCUCCUAUGCUAUGUUUAUAAGGAAUUAGUAGAUAAAAUAAUGCUAAGAUGAUGAUGUAUUUUGCUUCUUACCUCCACGCUAUGUAUUUUGUGUAUUUUGAAGGUUCUAUUUUUCUUAUCAUGUUUGAGCUAGAUUCACUGCAUUAUUUCCUGGCAAACAUUGAUGGGACUGGAUGCUGGACUGCCUCUCGUUCUCAUUUGUUGGCUCGCAGUUUGUUCCCAUAUUCUCAAAGAUCCUCUUCAGCUUCCGCCAACUUUCUCGCAUAGCCUUUCUAUAUUUCCUUUGGCAAGAAAGCACAUGUCAGAAAACCCUUUAAAAAUAUCUAAAAAACUUGUAAAAUAUUUGUUAUAAUGUGCCUAGCUUUUAUUUUAUGAUGAACUAAAGAGUGUCCAACUUAAAAAAUCCUUGCUGUGAGCGCUAGUGGACAUGCAAUUGACUGGUCGUCACUUUACCACUGUAAUAGUUAAAGGGAUACUCUAAGCACCAAAACAACUUUUGCUUAAUUAAUUGGUUUUGGUGUAUAAAUCAUGUCCCUGCAGUCUCACAGCUCAAGUCUGCCAUUUAGGAGUUAAAUAACUUUUGUUUCUGUUUUAUGCAGCCCUAGCCACAACUCCCCUGGCUGUGACUCACACAGCCGACGUAAAAUAAACUGUUAGUUUUAGAUCAGAUCUUACAACACAGGGUGUUUACUUUAGAAGUUAUCUCCUGUUCUGCUAAUUUUUUUCUUGUGCUUCUUAAGCAUGUUGUUUAAAACCUUAUCUUCCAGUGACCCCAGUUUCCAUAGGUUUGGCAACAAAUUCUACAAAACACCGCCAUCAGACGCUUUCCAUUAUCAAAAAGUUUGUAGUGAGGAAUGUAGCUACUUUGGACAAUGUAUUAAUAUAAAUUAUAAGACUCCCCAACUAGUCAGUGUGUUGGAGACAUCAGUAAAAGAUAGGGGCAGUGUUGCCUUUAUCAAUGAUAAUGUAUUCAUUGGUUUAACAAGCUGAGCAAAUAUACGCUUCUUAAUAUUUAGCAGGUUAACAUAUUGCUAAGUAUUUAUUCACGUAUUCAAUAACCAGAAAUAGUAAAGACUUGACAAGGGAGAUUGGUUGUAGUCUCCAUUCUCACUUGUACGUUCUGUUUUUCAAUUUCUGAAGUUUCUUUUUUUUUUUUUUAAAUGGUAUGCCAGAGAGGCAAUGUAGGUUAUUACAAAAUCUAAAUAAUAAGGUUAUAUUUUAGGCUACUAAUAGUUCUUACCUUUGGGCCAAAGCAUUGAUCCAGGGGUUUAAGCCGGGCAUCAGAAUUGCAAGCCAAAUGGAAAACAUUUUUGCACCCGCUGGAACAAUGUUCGGGUGAAAGAUUUCAUAGAAACUAAUUGUUACAAAUGGGACCCAGCAAACCAAGAGGUAGACUAGAAUAAAACAGAUACGUAGUUAGCAAAACUUUGCUUACCAGGAUAAAUGAAAGAGAUAAAACAAGUGUGCAGCAUUUUCUUAGAUGUGGUUAAUUCAGAGGAUAGGAGCAAAAGGUGUGCUUUCACAGUUUACCAAGAAGUCAAAGAGUUCAUCAGAAAAACAACACUCAAUUAACUUUAUAACUUUUCUGGUGUUUGUCACUAUAAUCUGUGAAGUGUGGACAACUGACAAGGUAAUUUAGGCCGAAUUUGCCGAGCUUAAAAAAAGCAAUUGGAAACAUUUUACAAUUUUGCUGUUUUGGGCUCAAAUUCCUUUGUCAAUCGUUCACCAAUCCUGAUUUUGGUGAAUGAGAAUUGGUAAUUCUAUUGAAAUCUCUUUGCAAUUGUUUCUCAAUUACUCAACUCACUCUUUGACUCCAGAGUUGGCAAUGUACACAUUACAGGGCAAUCUCUUGGGUGCUGUAUCUGGGAAAUAAGAAAUUAUUACCACGUCAUUUUGAGUUGUUUAAGUUAAGAGUGUUAAAAUUCACCCAUCUUCUCGGAUGUUGCUGGAUUAGAACUCACAGUUUAGAGCAUUAUAAGAGAUGCAACCCAGACAAUGACCUGAACGAUAUGUUUAAAGUUUAAUUAAACCUGUUUAUAAUUUUCAUACUUGACUCAUGCGAUGUCUAGUUUUAUUUACGCUCACACCCAGCUCAGUGCUAUGAUGCUUUAUUCUGCAUGAUCCAAGGCGCAUGUGUACAAAACAUUAUUUGAGACUAUCAGGGUUAUAAACCAAAUUGAGAAUUGUUGUAAAUUCAAAGUGAAUUCAAAUGAGAAUUUAGAAUUUAAGGCACGAACCACUGAAAUGGGCUAAUUCUCUAAAUCAGUUUUCCUUCUAUUUUGGCAUUAAAUUUGCAAUUCUUGCCAAUUCUCAGUUUACAAAAUAACCUAUAUGUGUGCUAGAAAAAAGUAUGCACAUUUCUGAUAGUAAAGGGACCCUCCAGACACCAUAGUAACAUAUGCUCCUUGCUUAUGUUAAAGUUCAAGGAUGUCCCCUGUCCCCAUCUCCCUGCGAGCAGUUACUUAUAACUGCAUUGUUUUGCUAAAAUAACCUAGAAGCCAAGUGUUUCAUCAACAAAUAUCACAAGCGGAAGGAGUGCUUACCACUGUCUGUCCAAAAAUGUGUAGACUUUAUUCAUUUCAACACCCUGUUCGUACUUCUUUCACAACUCACUGGGAAGAAUCUGACUUUGUGGUGCGUUAUCACAUCUAUAGUUCUAUUUACAUAAUUGUGAACCUGCUGUAAUUAAAGCACCUUUUAAAGAAACCCAGACCAUUUCUUCUCAAUGCAGUAGUUUUAACCCUGCAAUGUAAAGCAUGACCGUUAAGUAAAUACGGCACUGCUUACAUUGAAGGGUUAAAUAUGCUGGUAGUCUUCCAAACAAACACUAGGGGGCGCUUCUUCUGUUAGAGCUGAGUCAAACUCGUUUCUCACAGCUAACCUCCAAUAGGUGCACAGCACUGCCAUGCAUGCACUUAUUAACAGCAUUGGAUUGGACAUUUAGAAGCGUUGGUGGACUUGAUCUUGACGCUGGAAAAAAAAGUAAGUAAUACCUUUCUUUUUCCCAGUUUUUAUUUAAAUUUAGGGAAAGGGGCUCGGAAUGUAAGUAAAGAGGGGAGGACACUAUAGCGUUAGGAAUAUAGGUUCGUAUUCCACUCUAGUGUUCCUUUAACAUAAGCAAUGGUUUCACAGGUGAGCUUCUUAAGGCCAUCUUAGAAGCUAUUCCUUCUACACAAAGUCAUUGGGGAUAAAGAAUAUCUGGGGAUUGCCAAAGCUUAAUAUUUUCCUGCUCUGGAAUUAAUUAACCGCAUUUUAAGCUUUGUGGGAAUACAUGUCAUUUAAGAUUUAUGUUUUAAUUAUGCUUUUUAUAUGGUACAUGAGAACGGAAAUAGUUGCUUAUUUAGUUAAAAGAUUCCAGUUAAAAGAAUAUUUAUAUAUAAGCAAUUGUUGUGGUAGAAUGGCAAUAAAAAAUCGGAAUAUUUUUAACUGUGUUGAAUUUAAUGAGAAACUAUUUGCCAAAAAUAAGACGCACAUAACUAUUCUAAGAUGUUCAGUAUUUCAUGCCUCCAGCAAUGAUGUUAUAGCAUUCUGGACCGCACAGAAUAUUACUUGCCUAACAGACCUUAUCAGACCUGGCUAGAAUUUUUUUAAUCGUGAGUUACAAGUAAGCUGACCAACGUUCCCUAUUCUGCUUCUAAGAUCCUUUUUUGACAAACAUAAAUAGAAAGAAAAACUUCAGAAGAUGUUGUAACAAUUCUCUACUAAAAUGCCACCUCUGCUUCUCGGAAAUAUACAUUUCCCUGUGCCCUCUUAAUUUAUAGCAUUGAUGAAGUUAUAUGGAAACUCCCUAUACACCCCUAUUAAUUCCUAUGUGUCCUCCUAAUUCUGAGUCCUGGUUAGCUACUCCCACCCUACUGUUUUCUGUUUUAUUGCAAGCAUCCUUGAAUUUGUUUGCUUUGGAGAACACAUCUCGUGGCUCACAUUUGGUUCUUCUACCUGCUCUAGAAAUCAAAUGGUGGAGAACUCGUGCACAAUAGUGGGACCACUUGGAGGAUUGAAGAUAUUUGUUAUUUUCUGACUUCCUUACCUCUUGAGUCAGUAGCUCUUAAUAUUGUGAUCUUAUUGAACUCCAUUAAUGUGUGUACUGCGCAGGCACAAAUGCAUAUAUAUUUCCAGAGUGUUCUGCUAAAUUGAGAAUUCAAAGAGAAUUUCAAAUUUAAAGAACACUAUAGUCACCUAAAUUACUUUAGCUAAAUAAAGCAGUUUUAGUGUAUAGAUCAUUCCCCUGCAAUUUCACUGCUCAAUUCACUGUCAUUUAGGAGUUAAAUCACUUUGUUUCUGUUUAUGCAGCCCUAGCCACACCUCCCCUGGCUAUGAUUGACAGAGCCUGCAUGAAAAUAAAAACUGGUUUCACUUUCAAACAGAUGUAAUUUACCUUAAAUAAUUGUAUCUCAAUCUCUAAAUUGAACUUUAAUCACAUACAGGAGGCUCUUGCAAGGUCUAGCAAGCUAUUAGCAUAGCAGGGGAUAAGAAAAUAUUAAUUAAACAGAACUUGCAAUAAAGAAAGCCUAAAUAGGGCUCUCUUUACAGGAAGUAUUUAUGGAAGGCUGUGCAAGUCACAUGCAGGGAGGUGUGACUAGGGUUCAUAAACAAAGGGAUUUAACUCAUAAAUGGCAGAGGAUUGAGCAGUGAGGCUGCAGGGGCAUGUUCUAUACACCAAAACUGCUUAAUUAAGCUAAAGUUGUUCAGGUGACUAUAGUGUCCCUUUAAGCUAAAAAAAAUAAAAAUCUCCACUAUGCUUCCAUUUCAGCUACUCUGACCUCACAUUUGGAACUCACUUUGGAAUUCUCACCUUAGUAAAUAACCCUGUCUGUCUUUCUACUUGGUGUGUUGUGACAGUAAGACGUAGACAUUUGGUUUUGGUGUUAAGAGAGCCCCUUUAACUGUGUGGAAUUGUGUUGUCUUCCUGGCAGGAGAGCAGAAAACAAUUUGAAAUACUUACAGGCAGAAACUGUUAGAAUGACUGUAUUCUUAAAAUAUGAUCGAAUGGGUACAUAGUAACAGUGCUGAUCAUUGCACAUAAAGGUUCCUCUCCUCGCUUGUUGCCUGGCAAUACGAAUGAUGGCCAGGUAGAGCACACUGAUGACCGUAAUUGGAACAAUAAUUCCCACACUUAGUAGCAACACGCUGUAAACGAUCGUGGAUCGGUGGAAAUGUGGGAGGCAAAUGUAGACAUCUUUGUUAUAACUGUACUUUCCAAAUCCAAUGAAUGGCAAAAGAGCUAUUGCCACUGAAUAAAUCCAAAGGAGCGCUAGGAUAAUCCCAAUCCUUCUUUUGGUUACAAGUUGAGUGUAACGCAGUGGAAAACGGAUUUCUGUAAAUUUGUCAACAGUUGCCCACACCAAGGAGUUUAUUGAUGCCAAAUGGAGCAAUACAAACAGGAAACCUAAUAGGUGACAGGGUGUGCCAUUUUCUGCAAAUAUUCCACCUCCGAACAAGCUGCUGUAUACAGCUACAGGAAUUACACUUAUUCCAAAAAUCAUGUCACAAAUGCUAAGGUUCAGAGAAAGGGCCCAGGUGUCCGUACGCAAUUUCAGGUGGGACGUAAAUAACAGGAGUAGAAGGAGGUUGGCGCCAACAGUACCAACCGCAGUGGCAGCCAUUAUCGUGGCAUACAAUGUCAAAAUCUCUUUCAUCUUUGACCUUGAGGUUCUUAUCGUUUUCUCUGUAUCAUAUUUUUGGCCUAUAACUCUUAGUCACCAUCCCACCUCUUGUCUGUAAAAAAUUAAAAAAUUAGUUAAACCAUAUAGUGUCUGUAAUCUGUUUGGAAAACACCUUAAGUAAACAAGUUAUUUUUCUGGAAGUUUAGCGAUAAGUCCUAUAUUAUAUGGUUUGAGUGCAUUACAAUUGUCUGUAAUAAAUCAGUAGUGAUCAGGCAAUUGUAAAUAGGGUGUUAUGCAGCACUCUCGAUCGUAUUCAUUAAUUUAGAAAUUCUCAGAAUUCUUCAAAUUGCACAUUGUAGGUCAAAAUAGCUGUGAUUAAAAUAUGUCAGCGUUCAAGACUUUCAGAUUUGCCUGUUUAGACCAACAAUUCUCAUGUCAACUCACUGUGAUUCCUUGUUUCGUGAAUUCUUUAGAACCUUUUUUAGAAAAAUAUGUUUUUGGAGUUGUAGUAGCUCAACAGGUGACAGUCAUACCUGUAACAGAGUACUAAGCAGUUGUGUCUACUAUUUGUCCCACAUGUGUGUAUUUAUUUUUAGAAAGCAUAACUGUUAUGGUUAAAAUCUUGAAAUUAGUCAUUGUCAGCUGACUCCAACAUUGAUCCCCACAUCAAUGACCCUCAGUCAUGUAGUAAAUAAGUCACGGAAUCUUUAUUCUUAUUAAGGUGCCUCUCUUCUAGCCACCAAGGGAUGACUUGGCGAAUUGCGACUACCAGCAAGUAUGGCAAAGACUUGUUAAUAGUCAAAAUGUUGCCAGAUCCCCGUUGGUGGCUGGAUUGAAUGCACGUUAAAAUAAAAUAUUCUGCAAGUUUUUUGCUGCUUGACUUUAACCUUAUCUUUAAUCUUUAUCUUUAGCCUUAUCUUUUUAUAGUUUAACAUUUGUUUAAGGUAGCUUGUAAUAAUAUCUACUUCACAAUCAAGCUUGCUCAUUCUUUUUUUUAAGCUGUGAAACAUUAACACAUAAUACCCUAUUCCUUUUCAUUUGACAGCAACAUAAACAAUCUCAUUGAUCCAUGAAAAAGUUACACAACCUAAUCCUAUUUCAGCCAGAAAUAGCUUAGUUUAAAAGACACCCUGUGUCUAGCAUUAUUUAAACGGUUCCUGAAGUCUGUCACCACUAAUAGAUACAGCAUUAACGUAUAGACGUGUUGCCUUGCAAAACGUAGCUUUAGUUCACGAUUCUGAUCAAUUGAUCUACUUUCUAACGUUCUCCAGCAGGUUAAUGAUUUGAAAACCAGAUCUCAGAAUAUCCCAAAGUAUUCACAAUUCUUUUUGGAGUAAGAUACUCACGUUCUAAACUCCCUUUUCUCUCUGAGCCAGUUUAUAUUUUUGCUUUCUGUCUCUGGGUCUUUCAAAGUUUUGUCUUAAGUGUAUUUUUUUUUUUUUUUUGGUUAAGCUAUAUUAACCUCAAACUUAAAACUUCAACACGAAUGUAAAAAAAAAAAAAAUUACGUAAUUUCCCCUUUUUUUUUUUUUUUUUUAAUGCAUGUGAAAUUGAGAACAUCAGAAGUAUAGCAAAGGACUAUGCUUCUGAAAUUUUGUGGUAUUUAAAAAAAGAAAAGGGAAUUGGGUAUUCGGAUGUUUGUUAAUGGCAGGGAAGUAUGUGUGGAACUAAUAAUUGUAAUAAGGUAGGUGUGAAGCUAGCUAACGCAUUUAAAAAAAAAUAAUAAUUCACCGUUAACAUUCUUUUGUCUGUCUGAAGAACUUUGUGAAUGGGUGGGAUUCGUUAGCGUUGAAAUAUUCCCUGGCAUAGGAAAAAUGCCCUUGUUUCUUUCUAAUUAAAGGAGAAUUUUUUACAAAAUACAGAAUAUUCUAUCUACUUCAGAUAAUGGUAUGUAAAAAAAACUUACGUGUAAGCCAGCUGCUGUCCCUUGUGUGUCGGAGUUGAUCAAUGAAGAUUUGUGCUUUUAAAAAGGGAACAGCUGAAGAGAUUGCUCUGGUUUUUGGAUACUGAAGACUGUCUUUUGUGUGUGGACAGUUGUGUAGUGGACGUCUAUGGAUCAGCAAUCAUAUGAUAUGCAGCAUCCUGUUUUAUCCAGAGUCUGCUAGCUGACUGAUGCACACAAGUGUGUAAACCCUGGAGACGCAAACUCAAACAAAGUAUUCGUAAUCGUUUUCCUUUUUUUUUUUUGUUCUGUAUUUUUUAUUGCUGCUGUCCAUCUUACAGCUAAUUUCCUCGCUGUUGUAUUCUGGAGAUAAUCAUGUAUAUAGCAUCAGUUGCAGUGAUUUUAAUCUCACCUGAUGUUUUCUUAGAGUAAUUAUAAGUGAUGUAUCUCUGUUUAAUUCUAACUCUGUUUAAUUAGAGGAGGAUUUGAUGCAGUUAUAAACAGAAGGAUUCUCUUAACUCCCAGCCGUGUACUGAUAAUGAGUGAAUGAAAUAAAGAUAAGAGACACCUUAAUGGAUUUUGUGUGAAAUUGGGAAUUUGAUUGAAUGUCGGUGUGCACAAUAUUAUACAAUUUCUUAUUAAAUAAAAUGUAAAUAAUACAACAUACAGAAUUAUAAUGCAUAGCAUUAAAAAUAGUAAGUAAUAAACAAGCCAGUUGUAAAUAUAUGAAUUAUAAAUUCACUAGGACUUAUUGUUUUUCCUUAUUGAGAGGCUGAUUUACUCGGGCACAUGUUCCUAGCAGAAGCAUUCAACAUUUGCCUCGUUGCUGUAUUAUUGCACGCCGGUUCUUAGUAAAUUAUUGCUGCCUCAUUUGAAAAUUAAAAUAUUUAAAGGAUAUUUCUGAAAAAAGAGAAAAGGCUGUUUUUUUUAUUGUUUUUUAAAUAAAAAUUUCAGUGUGUUAAUGCUGGGAAAUAUAUCCUUAUUGUAUUUUCACAUUUUUGUGUGUCACGAUUCCCUUUUUGUCCUUUUGAAUUUCCUGGAUCCUUCAUCCCCCAGUUUGUAGAAUGAAGGAGAAGCUAAAAUUAAAGGGAAACCAUAGUGCCAAGAAAACCAGCUUGUUUUCCUGGCACUGUAGCUUCCCCUUCUGUCAAGGUCCACCCCUGUGGUGCAGAAGGGGUUAAUAACCCCUUUUGCCACUUACCUGGGCCCAAUUCCAAUGUCCUUCGGUGCUGGCUAGGUUCCGCCCACUCUCCUCCCCCUCCGACAUCCGCUAGUGGGAGAGACCAAAUGCACGGCAAUGGCCGCAUUCGCAUUAGGAUUCCCUUAUAUAUACAAUGCUUUCCUAUUGUGAUUCUGGUGAUGCUUGAAGUCCUUAUGCAGAGCGUGAGGGCGUCCGACAUCACUUAAACAACCGGAAGUCCCUCUAGUGGCGGUCUGGUAGACAGCCACUAGAGGGGGAGUAUUAUUACUUAUAUAGUGCCAGCAAAAUGGUUUAUAAAAAUAAGAUGAUGGGAGUUGGCACCCAGACCACUUCAAUGGGCUGAAGUGGUCUGGGUGCCUACGGUGUCCCUUUAAGCAGUGGUAUGGAGAAACACACACAAGUGAGAGAGCUAUAGACAAAUAAAAAAGGUAAGGGUGCGCCUAAGAUGUAUAGUAAACCAUAUACAAAGUAUAAAAUAUAACAAUUAUAUAAAAUUUAAAAUUGUAAGAUAAGUGAGAUAAUAGUCCAAAACACUUAUCGAAAGUUCGUAAUAGCAGGUUCUCCUUGUAGAGACAGCAAUCUUAGGAUGUCAGACGGAGUUGAAACUUCACAGUAGUAUGCUUGGAUCCAGUGAGGUAUAUAUAAAAGGAAAGCAGAAAAUAGAAACUCCAAUGGUACAGUAUAUCAAUCAAAAUAUAAACUUUGAAAUAGUGCAAAUGGUCCUACUCACACUUUAUGGAGCUAGAACUUAGCUCCAAUUUAUGCGCAUGAAGUGGAAUAAUCCCCACUCACGGAUAUGUAGAGUAGUGUUUGAUUGGAGGAUUUCUAGCCCACGUUCGGCGUUCCAAUUGAUUUAACCCAAAAAUGAGAGAAUACAAAUAUAGUGCUCUCUCUGGAUUCUUUAAAUUUCUCCUGUGGGGGCUGGGAAUCCAGGGACCAACAUUCAGUGAAGUGUUCUGGGUGCAGUGCCUCUGUACUCUUAACUAUUACAGAGCAUGAUACGCGUGCGUUUUACAGUGGUUCUCAAGUGAGAGAGCUACUUGUGCCCCUUUUUUUGUCAUCCUACCCAACGUCUGAAUUUCUGUCUCCAUUUCACCCCCAUUUGUAACCUAUUUCACCCCACUUGUAAUCCUCUUUAUUCACCGACCCCUACUUUUUUACCUCUAUCCCCAGAUUUGCAUGUCUACUUGUGUGUCUAUCCUAAUCCACAUGUUUGUGUCCUUUGUCAUACUUUACUUGUGUCUGUCUUUCUUGUACCCCUUUUUCUUUAUGUCUGUGUACCGUGAACUUGUGCAGGGGCCACAGCAGCAAAAUUAUGUCAGACUCCACACAGAGAAAUGUCAAGCAAAAAAAUCUUACCCAAAAAUCAUAUAAUUUCUUAAAUCUUAUAUGGACAUCAGAGGGUCAAGGGGACAACUAACCAGCCUGACCCAUUUAAUUUAUUAGCUGAUCCUUAAAGAGUCCUGUUAGAGUGUCUAGUUCCUAUUCCCUCUGUUUUCUAGAGUACUUACUACUUUUUUUUUCCUUUAAAGUAUAUGUAGCCAAAUCCUAAUACCAUCUCAAACAUAAAUGUUUUUGGCUCAAAGGCCUACUUGAUUAAGCUCUCUACUAACAGUAUGCAGACUGUGUCACAAUGUGUCCCAAUAUUACAGACAACAAUAUUAAAGCAAAAAUUACAAUAGGGAAUAGAUCUCAAAUGGUGUAUAAGAACAUAGGCUUUCCACUUGUGAUUCAUAUUUUACUUAACAUUUUGGUGUCAAAGCUAUAUUACCCAGAAAAUAUCAUUGCACUUGAGGCCUCUAAUAUGGUAUUUUUAAAGUGACAUUUUCAAUGUCCUUGCCAUGAAUUUGGAAACAUGGUAUGGUUUGGAUUUUGUGCAGGUAAAUGGAUAUUCUGAUCCUUUUUUGACACGUUAAUAUCCACUAAAGCAAGUUCUUAAUGUGCUGAAUUUUUACUAGCUACAUUUGUAGAUGAUUUGUGUCUGUCUAUUUUGUUUUGUUCCGUCCCAUAGAUGGAAUGAACAUUGGUUACCAGUGUAAUAGAAUAUUCACUUGACAUGAGCUUAGUUAUCUUUUUGCCAUGGUUGACAUAAUUUUAAGAAACGCACAUAUGUUCUGUGUGUUCUGUACAUAUAUUUAAAUUCGGCACCAGAUGUUUGUGUGAGAACCUUUUAAUAUGUGUGGUGGUACCGGUGUGAGGAUAUUGAAUAUGUGAUGUGGUGCCUGUGUGAAGAUAUUGAAUACAUGACCUGGUGCCUGUGUGAGGAGGUUGAAUAUGUGGCAUGGUGCCUGUGUGAGGAUAUUGAAUAUGUGACCUGGUGCCUAUGUCAGGAUAUUGAAUAUGUGACCUGGUGCCUGUGGGAGGAUGUUGAAUAUGUGACCUGGUGCCUGUGGGAGGAUGUUGAAUAUGUGAUGUGGUGCCUGUGGGAGGAUGUUGAAUAUGUGGUGUGGUGCCUGUGUGGGUAUAUUGAAUAUGUGGCCUGGUGCCUAUGUCAGGAUAUUGAAUAUGUGACCUGAUGCCUAUGUGAUGAUGUUAAAUAUGUAACGUUGUGUCUGUCAGAGGAUGUUGUAUAUGUUUAGUGCGGUAUGAGUGAGAAAGUAGAAUAUGUAGCAUGUUGAAUGUGUGUAUGGUGAGAUCUGUAUUUGUAUAUAACUGGUCCUAACGAAAGUUCCUAAUUGGAGCUGAAAUGCUUAGAAAUAGUUUUUCGUGAUUGAAAAAAAAUAGGAAAUUAUUUUAAGUUCUAGAGUGCUGGGAGUUAAUUGGAAUAUAUAUAUAAUUCUAUAUUUUUCAUAUAUGCACACACACUGCAAAAAUGAAAAAAAUAAUGAACAAUGAUGGUGAGGGAUUCUCAACCUGGACAAAACGUUGUCUCUGCUUCUUUUUUUUUUUCACACAAUAUUUAUUCUCAAGAUUGUGACAGAUCUGUGUCCUUAUUCAAAAAUUUGUGACGCUUAUAGCUAUAUUUACCAAUAUGUGGCAAUCCUUGGCAAGUUGAAAUUGUUUUAAUACUCUUAGCAGAGUUUCUUUACUUGUCAUUUACUGUAAUUAAUGCUCCUUUUUCCCACCUUGACAUUUCAGCACAAUGCUCCCAUCCCACAAGGGGGACGAGGUGCAAUCCAAUUUGUGACUCAGUAUCAACACUCGAGUGGACAGAAACGGAUCCGCGUAACCACAAUCGCAAGAAAGUAAGAAUCUUGUUGCUUAGUGGCAAACAUGAUGAGUGAGCUAAUAGCGUGAUCACUUUCUCGACAUGUAAAAUGUUGAUAUUAAAACAUACUCUUGCAGUUAUCCGACCAAUCAGGGUUGGGGUUAUUAUGGCAGCUAUUAAAGAAUAAAGUCAAUGGCAAAUAAAGUUCCCCUCUACCUCUUCAAUCCUGUGUUUUAGACCAGGAAUGGCGAAUUAAUGGGGCUUUUCAUUUCUCACAGUAACAUAACCUGCUGUGAGCCGCAUGACCUUUAUACACAACAGGUUACAACAUGCCUGGCCUACUCCCUUGCUGAGUAUUCUCAGUUGAGUAAUUAGCACGUUAUUUAAUUAGUAAUCACAGAGUCUAAUUGUAAAAAAAUUCAGCUAACUCACAAAUGUCCACAACUGCUAUACUCAUGGUCCGUUCUGCAAAAAAUGCUCACCCUUUUGUAAUUAUAGGCAGUCAACGCAGUAUGAUCAGAGGUUAGUGACUGCUUACUGUUAAAGUAGCGUUUUACAUUUAAAUUACAUAGGUAUAAAUCGUAGAUUAUGUUAACGUAGUGUACCUAUAAUUUUAAUUUUAGUAAUGACAGUAGGCGAAUAUUUGUAUAAACGUUCUUUACUUUAAACUCAAGCAGCACAGAUCAAUCAAAAAGUUAAAUCAAUCCGAAUCAGGAAUCAUUACUACAUAUAGCUCUGUGGUGCUUGCCUCUUCCUCUUUCUUUGAAGCGAAGUAAUAGUCCAAUGAACAAGUGCAACAAUAAAAACUCAAAUAACGAUGUGGAUCCAAUGUAACCCCAAGGACCGCUUGAACAGUAAGGAUGUAAUGGACAGAUCCAAUUUAUAAUGCCAAUUUUCACACUGAAAAGAACAGAAAGAAGUGAAAGGCAGCGAAAUGACAGUAGUUUAUCAAUACUAUUAUUGAGGAUAAAAUAACGACCGCGUAGCGUUAACCAAACGGUAAGACCGACCCAACAAAAAAAAUAAGAGAGGAAUUUCAACACGAAGGAGACAGGGGCUGUAAAGGAAUCUGAAUCCCUCUCCAUACACUAGAUAGACCAUUUGUUCCAGGCUGCCAUGUAGCAUCGUAAAGUGCCUGGUGCUCACAAAUCCCGUAGGAGGUCCUUAAUCAUCUGCGAUAGUCCAUCGACAUCCCAAGAUCCUGAAAUCGCCCAAGCCACGAGAUGGAGCCGGUAUAGCAGAAUGAGUGGGUGCAUCUCCCUUUGCAGGUUGGAUAAGAGGAGCGGGAAGUCUGGCAGCAUCAGUGGAUGCUCUUAUGAGAAUUUUAAUAGGUCCAGGAACCAAACCUUGCUCGGCCAGAGCGGAGUGAUCAGCAGGAGCAAUGUUUGGUGUGUCCAUAUCUUGUGCAGGACCCUCGCCAACAUGGAGAAGUGUGAGAACGCGUAGGCCUCUUGGUUCAGCCACUUCUGAAGAAAUGCGUCCACUACCUCGCAUUCCGGGUCCAGGAGCCACCUGAAGAAUCUGGGAAGUUGUCGGUUUGUCCAUGAAGCAAAGAGUCUAUCCAUAGAGGACCCCUGUGCCGUGCCAAAGUCUUGAAGACCUCCAAAUUCAGUCACUGUUGCCCCUCCAGUGGCGGGAGUACCAAUCCGCCGUGAGGUUGCAGGUCCCUGGAAGGUAUUCCGCUCUUAAUGUGAUAUUCUUGGAGAGACAAAAGGUGUAAAUGUCUUUGGUUGCCUCUGAGAGUGCCUGAGUUUGAGCUCUGCCCAUGAUUGAUAUACUGCACUGCUAAAAUGUUGUCCAUGCGCUGCUGUAUACAACAUGUACAACAUCCGACAUGUACUUGGCCAAGCUGUGGAUGGCAAAGGAGCCUGUUAUCGCUUCCAAGCAGUUCAUGUGCAUCUCUGACUCCUCGUGUAGCCAUGGGCCCCCUGUGGAGGAGUCUGUGUAGUGUCCUCCCCAGCCCCAGAGACUGGCGUCUGAUUCCACCACGAAAUCUGGUGAAGGAUCGAAAAUGGCUUUCCCAUUCCAGACUUGCAUAUAGAGGAGCCACCAAUGGGGUUCUGUGCACACCUCUGCGUUGAUCGGUAUCAGCUGAUCGUAUAAAUACCCUGCUCGCAAAAAGUUUGCCUUUAGUCGUUGCAUGGCUCUGUAGUGGAGGGAACCUGGGUAUAUUGCCUGAAUGGAAACGGACAGUAGACCCACUACUCGGGCCAGGAGUCGAAGUGGGAUGAGUUCUAGUCACAGGAUUUUCAGAAUUUCCCAUAGGAUGGAAGCAAUCUUCGACAAAGGGAGACGUAGUAGAGAUGUCAUGGAGUCGAUCUCGAACCCCAGGAAUUGAACAACUUGAGACAGUUUAAGAGCCGACUUCUCCCGAUUCAUCACGAAUCCCAGCGAUUCGAGAAAGUCCAUGAUAUGUCGUCUGAGAUACUAGUUGUGGGGCCGAGUUGCAGAAGAUCAGCAAACCGUCUAGGUAAAUCAAGUUCUAUACUCCCGGAGAUCGUAGACGCGCCAUGACGAGUUUCAGUAGUUUCGUGAAACACCAGUGGGCCGAACUUGGUGGCCAUGUUCAUGUGCUGGAGAUCCAUCCAUACAUAGGAGGGCUGCAUUGGUGUUGCCUAGGAGGCAUACGCACCAUUGUGCCUUUUCACAGCGUGGUCGCCGUGCGGAGGAGAGGACAUAGAUUAGCAUCUGUGCAGGCAGACCAGCCUGAUGGGGAUUUCCCUGUUAGUAAAAUCGGAGUAUGCCCAAUAGGCGUUACGCCAACCACCACGACACUCACACAGGUGAUAAGUCAAUCGAAGAGUGUGAGGGUUCACCCUUCACUGCCAGUCGUGGAGAGUGGCUAAUAUGUCAGGGAUUGACACCCUGAAGUAGGGGGAGGCGCUGGAAGCCUCCAGUAGUGCAGGGGUUAACCCUGUGUGUCCCCUGUGGGGAGGUACAAGGUAAUCGGAACUAGUUCGUCCAAUGUAAUAGUAGGGGCUCCCAAUAAGGGUUUAUGGUACUUAGUAAUGUCCUGGCCACCUUAGUUCAACUAACACGGGCCAGUGCGAACGGCGGAAUAAAAUCACCCGAUAUCACUGACAUCCAGCCAACUCACCCCCCCACUUCUCUGCCCCACAGUAGAAACCUGUACAAAUGUGUAAAAACUGAGCCAGCAAAACCACCCCGCGCGCGGUUGAACCGGCUGCGUGGUGAAGUGGCAGACAGGCAGGGGUAGAGAGUCCAUUAGAUACAGGGUUUUAGCAGGAGCAGGGACAGUGGGGAAAGUGAGAGUAACACAAGAAACAUAGAUAUAACAGUGACAAUCAAAUAAAAUGGUGUGAUUCAGUGUUUAGCAACAAAUAGAAGAUUCAAUUAUCUGACCUCUACUCUAGCAGGAGCAGCAAAGAAAGAGGAAGAGCAAGCACCACAGAAUUCUAUGUAGAAAUUAUUCUUGAUUCUGAUUGGUUUAACUUUUUGAUUGAUCUGUGCUGCUGGAUCUUAAAGUAAAGAAGGUUUAUGCAAAUAUGAAGCCUCCUAUCAUGUGGUAGAAAUACGUAUCUGUCAGACUGAAACUUGUCUACUUGACAGUCAAGGAUAUUGUUUUGAUUUGUCUGGGUCUAACGAUCUUAAAGUAUAUAUAGAGUCAAAUUAAUAUGUUAUUUUGUAUCAUUCAUUAUGCUUAUUAUUUAGAAUGCUGCUACAGCCAUAUGCGGCACUAUGACCUCCAAUAGUGGUUAUGGUGUAGAGAAUGUUUUGAUAUUUGUGUGUUAGAAACUCAAACCUCAUCGUCCAAUUCAAAUAAGGAAGUUGCGAUUCUUCACAUCCUUUUAAGCAGCUUUGUUUAGAAGUGAUAACACUGAUUGCAGAGGAUUUUAGGAUUUUAUAGGCAGCUGGCAAAAGGCUACUUUUUUCUAUUUUCUAAUUUUUUUUAAUUAAAUCUAAAAUAUUUCGAUAUGGUUAUUUACAGAAUACAAUUAUAAUCUGAUCGAGGCGGACAGCUAACAACCGGAAAAUUCAGAAAAAUACACUUUUACAUUACGGUUCAUUAUAGGGCUUUUUUCCUGCACUAACCAAGAUGAUAGCUACAUUAGUGGUUUGUAGAAUAUCUUCAAACUACUUUAUAAAAUAAAACCUUUCGCGGAUUAUGUGCAUUAUUUUCAAAGGAAAGAAAAUGAUACUCUUAAAACGGCUUAAUAUUUACAGAAUCAGUUGCUUGUAUCUCGGAAUACAAUUUAGAGUGCAGCUGCUCAAAACCAAAUUGAAUUAUUUAGAACAUUGUAACGGGGACAGAAAAUAAAUCGUACAGUAAAAAAUUGGCUUUGGAAGCAAAGUAUUUUUAUGAAUGCGCUACAUCUUUGUGGAGAGAUGCAAAUAUGGUCCUCGCAUUAGCCGGCAAAGCGCAACCAGAUAACCACGCUUAAAACCCACAGUGAGUCUGUGGCCAUUAGUGAUACAAUGUGUAUUUCAUUGUGUCCCCAGGGCUUAUUGCAAAGUUACUUACUUUGAUUUAGCCCUGCAGUGAAAUGGAGAUGUGGUCACUUUACAGCGUAUCAAAAAUUAUUUCAAAUUAUUAUCUUUACAAACAAACAUAAGGGAGCAGUUUGUAUGUGUGCAUAGUUGUCAGUCUGUCUAUCAUAUGUGUAUGUACAUAAAAACACACGCAUGCUAGGAUGAGCUAGAAUAGGAUAUUGUGGUCAUUGCACUUACACAGCUAUUCAUAGCUUGCAAGUGGCAGAUUUUGUGUUAUUGCAACAGGCUUAAAGGGCCAAGUAAAAGUAAGGGUUUCAUUGCAUACAACCGAUGACAAACUGUCAAACAAGAAGUAAUUUUAAAGUUUUGUUUUCCUUUUCUAUUUCCCACAGCUGGGCUGAUGCUCAGACACAGAUACAAAACAUCGCUGCAUCUUUCGAUCAGGAAGCCGCUGCAAUCCUUAUGGCCAGGCUGGCUGUGUAUAGGGCUGAAACCGAGGAAGGUCCCGACGUCCUAAGGUGGCUGGACAGGCAGCUGAUUCGACUAGUAAGGCUGAAACAGGAUUUAAAGACUUUGAUGUUGAAGGAAACAUGCAUGUUUAUUUAAACGAACACUCCAAGUUCCAUAACCAUUACUGUGUGCUUGUAGUAGUUAUGGUGACAGCAGUGCCCUAGCGCACAAAUCUCAGCUAGGAGCUCUCUUUGCUAAGCAGUGCAGGGCUUAGCUCAUUGGCUAAGAGCGAUCAGCUGAUGCUUUUUGGCACUGAGCUUGCACAGCUGUGUACUCUGCCUGUCCCUGUGAUAAAUAAUUUAAGAAUAGACAUAGGACUUUCUCACAUGUGCACCAAAUCAUGGAAGAUACAGCCUACAUGCAUAUCCGGCAGCUGAUCGCUUACUGAUCUGCAGUUAUUUAGCCUCUGCUUGAUGUUCCUAUUACUCUCCAAGACUUGUGUGUAAAAAGCAGAGCCUGGUUAAGGUUGCUUAGGGCCCCAACGCUCCCUCAACAAAGUCAGGGAGUGCAAGACCAUGCUGCUGGUCAAGGAGAGCCCACUCAGAGUUGCAGCCGUGUGAGCCUGACACUUUUACGGCCGCCUUUGUCACCUAAUGGGUAAUCCAGCUCUGAUAAAAAGGGACAACUUAUUGGUAACUUUCUGGGUGUACUCUCAUUAUGCAUAUUGUGGGUGUCGUGAUUUAAAGCAGUAAGCAGCUUCGUAUUGUGAGUAUUUCAUGAAUAUAUAUAUUUCCUGUUUUAUAUCAUAUGAUCCCCAUUAUGGAGCAGGGAUGAUAUUGGCUGGCUACAAAAAUCAUAUAGAAGGCCACUCAGAAAAACACCUAAAAAUAGAAAAUAUGACCAAAUGAGCAACUUUUGAAAAUUCAACCCUGGCGAGUGUGCCAUGGAUCCUCUAGGCCUGUAAAUUUUAGACCUAGCUGGUAGAAUACGAUAUGGAAUUUUGAGCCCUUUGUUAAUAAAUACAGAUAAAAAUACACGUCUAACACUAAUAAAUAUAGGUACAUAAAAUGUGUUUCGUUAUUAUCUCUCUAAAACUAAUAAAAUAAUCAUAUAUUUUUAUAAUCCAACAUCAACUUGGAUUAGAAAAAUCAAAGGUAUGUUACUUUCCAAAUGAGAUAAGAGGGUGUGAUGGAAAACCUGAGAAUAGAUAAAUGGAUGGUCCUGAACUUUAAAUAAAGUUAAACUAAGAUAACACUUGAAAUAUUUUGUAGGAUAAAAGAGAACCACAUCAAGCAUGGUGCAGAGCAGUUGGUUGAGAAUUUUUUUUUAAUUGUUGUUGAAUUCCCCCCCCCCAACACCCCCCACAUUGAUGGGCAGAUAGUGAAGUGCUCCUGUACAAAAAUUUUCACUGUGAAAAAAGGAAGCACUUUUCAUACCCAGCACAUCUGAGUCGAAAAUAAAAUCAACAUUAUAACAAAAGAAAAAUGCAAUCUUUUAGCAAACUGCUGAGUGGUGCAUGCUGCCAUGCCAAUGCAGUGGUCUUCAGUAUGACAACUUUUCACGCCCUGACCAGCAACAAGCAUAAUUCUUUUUUUCAGAUACAGCACUGUAGGUCUGCACAUUGCAGUGUAGAAUGUGCCAGGACAGCACUUUUCAUGUGUUGUCCAACAGUUGUUUUACACAAUAAAGCUACUAGACAAAACAAACAUAUGCUGCUGCCCAGUAUUGGAAAAAGCAUAUUUGCCAGGGCAGCUCUUUUCAUGUGCUGCCCAUCUGUGUUAAAUAAGCUAUAAUGCAGGUAAUUUAAAAAAAAUCUAAACGAAUUCGAGGUGUCAUCCAAGAAUCCUGCAGCUUCACAUAAUAUGCAGCCACAAGCAUUUUACCUCGACGUGACUUGCCUAGGUGCAAUUUAUACACAUCCUUCUAAAGUGGGAGAGUCGAAAAUGUUUGACUUCACUUUAGACAAAUGUAUCCAACACAGAAUGUAGAAGAUCUUUAUUUCAUAGGUGUAUUCCUAACAUUCACGCCCCCCAUCAGGGCAUGGAAGCCUAAGCUGUGUUAAGGGGUCCGGUACAGCAUAGCAUAUAUUAGGCGGGGGUUAUAUAUUUCUUUGAGUAUAAUUGUAUGGGAGAGAGUGUGUCUGGGUGAGUGCACCCAUGUAUGGGAAAGUCUAUGUUUCAGUGAGCUUAUCAUGGUAUGCAUGUUUGAGAAUUUGUGCAUGGCAGGGCCCACAGUGUGGUUCUUUAAAGGACCCGGCAAUUUCUAUCGGGAGCUCUUCUAACACUGGAGAUACAGCUACAUUUUAUGUGUUAGAGCUACAGUUAGUACUGAACUAGUGCCAAGUUAUAGAUAAUGCAAUUCUAGGCAUCAUAUCCAUUUCAACUCAUUGAAGUGGUUAUGGUGUCCAGAUUCCCUGGGCUCUGUCUCCUGAUUCUUUGUUAAACAAUGUCUGUACAGUUAAAGGGUGAAUCAUGAUCGCUGAGCACCCACAGCCUUACCACCAGUUUAUACCAGGUAUAGCAGAGAGUUUUCACCUGAUGCUCUCAGCCUUUCAGUGACCGGGACCGGAAUGGGGGGCAGCAGAGACCCUGAUUUACUUUUAAAAUGAUCAGAAAUGUUUUACCAGUGAAAUAGGAUAUGAUGCCUGGGAACUCUAGGCACCAUAACCUCUUUAAUGAGUUGUAAAAAAAUAUUCAAAUAUAAUCCAGAUUCAUAGAAUACAUACAUUACUGAUGUGAUUUAGAGUGGGUAUUUAUUUAUUUUUUUACUUUUUUUAUUUGUGUGUUUGUGUAUAUUUGGGGACAAAGCAUAUGUAGUGUAUAUGUGAGCCCAAUGCUAUAUGAUGGAAGGCUAUGUGAUCUGUGUUGCAACAGGUCAUCUGAGUCAAUGCUGUAGUCUGGCAUGUACAGUUCACAUAGAGUACUCCAACAUUCAGUCAUUGACUUAGAGAACUAGCAGCGUCACUAUAAGUCACAGUGACGAUCGCCGGGACUUUGAGUAAGGAUUCACAGUAAGCUUUAUCGAACAGAGGUAGAUAUCACAUGCUCCAUCACUAUGGUGAUGGGCCCCGGGGCCAGUCAGGGUGAUAUUUUUGUCUACCUGCCAGUCCAUGUACUCACGGAGCCCCUUAAAUGCUGGUACUCCAAUCAACUGUCUAAUUAACUGUGUGUAUAUACAUAGUGCCCUGUGCGUUUGUAGUAACAUUGAUCAUUUCAAAUUGUUAAUACCACAUUAUCAACACAGCUGACAUGGCGAAGGUUCCUAAGCACUGAGAAGACCCUGUUAUUAAACAAUUGGUAUUAAAUUGAAAAAUGGUUACCAAUUGAACCUGCUCGCUGUAGGGUUAUAUCUCUUAGAAUGUCCCUCAAAGCUCUUGGGCCACUUGUAGUCAAAAGGUAGAUCUCCAAAUCUUCUGGAAAUCAGCUACAAUUGAUAGCAGUAAGGGCAUCGGAGCACAGUGGGGGACUGUAGUUCUGCAGUAGCAGGACAUCUACAAUUUAGAUACCUCUUAUUACAUAAUUUUGUGCAUCUUUGGCGCCUAUCAAUCUCCAUCCUCCAGCAGAGUGACUCAGAAUACUUUUGGAAGAUAAAAGUUACACAUCAUAAAGGGGGCUGAGGUGGGACAGACCACGUAUAAAGGGGAUUAUGACAAACACGCAUUAUCACCUGACAUGUACCGUAUGAUUUUUUAAAUUUAAUUUUGAUUACGUGUGCACUAAAAACAUUUUGUGUAUUGCUUUAUUUCUAGUGUCAGAAGUUUGGAGAAUACCAUAAAGAUGACCCCAACUCCUUCCGGUUUUCAGAGACUUUCUCCCUCUAUCCACAAGUAUGUAACAGACAUAACUUUAUCUAAUGUUACCAAAGAUAUAAGGGAAAAAACAAUCAGUGCUUGUGUUGCAUGCUCUGAAUCCCAUCUCCAUGACAUGUGCAAGAGCAGAAAACAAGCGGCCUUUGUACUCAUUGUUUUCAUUGCAAUUUAUAUAAAGUACACAAGGAAAUUGGCAUAUAUGUGUCCACUAAAUUAUUGAUUGAGACAUGUUUAGUUUAACCCCUGCACCCUUUUCUUGUGCCAACUGCCAUAACAGUUUAUUUCAAAGUAUCCGAAGAAUGGCACAAUGCCAAUUUUCCAUGUGCCCUGAUACUAUUAUGACAUACUGAAGUCCUUUCUAAUAGUUAACCUAAUCAAUACAUUUGUACUAUAAAUUGGAAGAAAAAAAGUCUUCCCAGAAAAUCCAACAUUCAGAUCCAACAGUAUAAAAGUAUAUAAAUCAUGUUACCACUGUGCCACAGGGACAUAAAUAGAAUAUUAAAAGACAAACAUGUAUAGGGCCAUGUUCAAACAACUUCUCUAAUGUAGAGAUGGCCCUAACCUGCUGUUCAGCUAGAUCAGUUAUUCAGAAUGUAUUUUGUAUUUGUUCAGAAAUUAUCUUACUAGAAUACAUUGAGAUUUCUUGUGUACACAUAUGUCCUGAGGCAUGCAAACAGCACGUCUGCUUGCGGAGUUGCACACUUAACACACACAGAACACAGAUUGACAUUAACAGUUUUUAAAAGUUUGGUUUGCUUGGAAUGAAUCAUUUUCAGAACUUGCUGGCUUAUGGACUAUUAGGUCUAUAUUCGGUAGGUUAUUCCACGUUUAUUCACCUCUGUAUUGAUUGAUUGGAGAGUAAGAAGCUAGCGCUAUGGAGAGAUCCAAGUCUAUUGUGUGCCCUAAACAAUUGUUUCAAUCGGUGGUUGUAUUUUUCUUUCUUUCUUUUUAUUUAUUUAUUUAUUUAUUUAUUUAUUGGGUAUAAUGCUUAUGUGACAUACAGUUUUCCAUCGUUUGUUCCUGUAGAGUGCAUAAUAUUGUCCCAUUCCAGCUGUCUGUCUGGCUCUCCGCACAUGUUCCCUACUGAUUUCCCAUCAGAGCCAUUCCUUAGAAGUGAACAGCGAUAAGAUAAUUGUUUUGUGAUUUUUAUCUUCCAGUUUAUGUUCCAUUUGAGGAGAUCUCCAUUCCUGCAAGUUUUUAACAACAGCCCUGAUGAAAGUUCCUAUUACAGACAUCACUUCAUGCGGCAAGAUCUUACCCAGUCCUUAAUAAUGAUACAGCCAAUACUUUACUCGUACUCUUUCAGCGGACCCCCAGAGGUAUGGAGUUAUGAAAUCAAACUGAUUAACAAAAAAUUGCUUCAUUAUUACCGUUUUUUUCUACAUGGGGGUAGGACGCGGCAGUGAACAGUGUGCCUACCCUUUAGAGAUUUUGCUGGGUGAUAAGAGGGCCAUUUCAUCCAUGAAUGUGGUGAAAUUGCACGGCAUAUUAAGAAUGGCUAAAAUAAUGAAUGAAUACCUAUCAGUACAUAUAUAUAUAUAUCAUAAGUGAAUCUGUUUGUGUACAUAGAUUUAUAUAUACACAUUGUUGCCUUGCCUUGUUGUGUAUAAUUAUUGUCAGAUCCUUUUCUUUUAAUGAUAUUCCCAGCUCUCCCAGAAUAAGAUGCACGUUUAUUUUUUGACCCAAAUAGCAUAUCUUUACAUUAAAUCUCAUCUUCCACCUACCUGCCCUUUUCGGUAAUUUAUUUGUAUCUCUUUAUAGACAGUUACGUAUCAUCCUGACAAAAUAUGUCAUUGCAUUUGCCUUUUAAAAAAAAUAAAUUAUAAUAAUUAAUUGUAUGUAUUUAAAUGCUAAAAGGUGUGUGUCCUAUUUCCUUGCCAAUGCCUUAUAAUUUGGGGCUGGUAUUAUAUAUCGGAAGACUGGCUACAUGCUAUGAAGUUUUUUACCCUCACCUAACCCUGUGCUCCGAAAUGAUUUCAAAGCAUUGAGAGAUGCUGUUAAAUAUUUACUUCCCGAAGCGGCUAACAUUUUACGGAUACCAAAACCACUAAUGCUGUAUUUAAUGAACCAGGACAUUGCUUUCCUGUAAUGUUAAUUGCUGCAAUUAUUAACCUCUGGCACAGCAGGGGCCGUCUGUGGCAUUUCCAGGUGCCAUUUCUUUGUUUACCCUGAGCAUGUUGAAGCUGCAAGAGAAUUCUAAAACUGCAGUAUUCUAAAUAGCGACAGCUACACUUUUAUUGGGUAGUUUGCAAACAGAAAUUAAUGUUUGGCGUUGAUCUAAUCAACAAGUCCUGAAACACAGAAAGUCCUCUUGCAAGCUGUGUGUAAUUAAUUCUUCUUAAGCUGAACGUGUUCUCAUUCGUAGGAAAGCGCCUGCUAUUCAGAUGGUAUAGACACAAAACAGAAGGAUGGGAAUAUUAGAGCUUUCAGUUUCUCUUUACACAUUGUAGUAUUUAUUGUUCAGUAUUUCUCUUUUUUUUGUUUUCUCUGUUAUUUUAAUUAUUUGCCAUGUUUAGGUUAUGACCACCUGGCAUAAAAAUGUAAAUUGCACUCUCAAUAAGUAACGGUCAUACUAGCUUAGAUCACCAGAUAUGUCAUCCCCAAAGCCAAUCAAACCAUGACUCUACCUUUAAACACACUAAGGCUUUUACCCGGUUCUGUACAUGCAUGUAUACAUAAUAGAUGUGGUUCUUUGUUUUUCAGCCAGUGUUGCUGGACAGUAGCAGUAUUUUGCCUGACAGGAUCCUUCUGAUGGACACAUUUUUCCAAAUCCUCAUUUACCAUGGAGAGGUGAGUCUGGGAGUACGCAGAGAAGAACGGUGAAAAGAAGUUGAUGAACGGUGUAGGAAAAAAUGUCUCUCCCCGCUUUCUUUUUUUCCCUAUGUCUUUUCCCAGCCUCCCUUUCUCCUCUAAUCCAACCAGAAGCAGGUAGAAGAAGCAGCUUAAGACAGAAUACGUAGACCCAGGGUUGAGUCAGACUGUGGUUUGGAGAUGGAGGGUGGCACAUUCACAUUUGCAGCAUUUAAAACUGAAACCCUUAGAUCUGCAUCUUCAUGUAGUACAUAAUGGAUACUAUGUAUGUAAAUACUCUUACAGUUAACACUAACUAUCCCCCUGCGCUCUUUUAACCCUAUUUGUUCCUUAAUUGCCCAUAAUAUCUCUAAAGUGGUUGGCUUUGUCACUGCUGUGGUCUUCUUGGCCCAGUGUGGCCCUGGAUCUUAUCCCUUUUUUUGGUUUCAGCUGUCUAUUGUGUGGCAUCCUGAUGGCAUUCUUGUGGUAAUGACUUACCGCUGCAAGAGAAUUAUAAACAUAAAGUGGUGCAUCACGAUGGUCAGCUGAGACAUCACACAAUGGACAGUGGGAGCUAGAAGAUAGAUACAUUCAAGGCCAUACUGGGACACAGAAACCACAGGCCGUCACUUGUAAACCACAUGAUUUAUAUACCAGGACUAUUGUUAAACUGCUCACUAGUUCUCCGUGUCCUCUCAGGGCUUCUUAUAUUGCUGUGAACUGAACAACAUGGGCCGUAUAUUUCACCAUGGCAUUAAACACACUUUAUUCAGCAAACUUUACUGGCUUACUUACUGAUAAAAUAAAAACCAAAAAAGUUCAUUGUGUCCUUCUUUCCUUAUGAUUUGCAUUUUGUUUUCUCAAAUCUAGACCAUAGCACAGUGGAGAAAAGCAGGCUACCAGGAGAUGCCAGAAUAUGAAAAUUUCCGCCACUUGCUGCAAGCCCCGGUGGACGACGGGCAGGAAAUCCUUCAUUCCCGUUUCCCAAUGCCUCGCUAUGUAGAUACUGAGCACGGAGGCAGCCAGGUAAAUGCAAAAACUGUGCAAAUACUUUGAAUGUCUGUGAAACAUGCAUAGAUAUAUCUAUCUGGGGGGACAUUUUUACAUUUACAAAAAUCUUUUUGCUUAUUGCAGAUAGCCAGAUGUUCUAACUAUAGAAUUCACAGUUUUGUGUAAACUAAUGUCACAUUACUUAUUAGAAGGGAUUGUCGACAAUAGGAAAUAUACACCCUUCAUGAAUAUGAAACCCUUCAAGCAAGCAGAUGUUGCGAUUGUUUAUAUCUUCUUUUUUGCUAUUGCAUGCUACAACUGACAGGCAAAGUAUUUCCACGAGGCUGAGUUCUCCUAUUAUAAUUAUUAUUAGCAUUUAUAUAUAGGAACAACAUAAUGCUCAGUGCUUUACAAUUAUAGAAUGGGAAUGUUUGACAACAAGUAAUUCACAUACAAAAUAUUGACAGACACAAGAAUUAAGGCAGACCCUGCUCAAACGUGCUUACAAUGUAUUAGAACAAAUUGAUAUGUUCUUAAAUAGUGUGUUCUCGGUGACUUCUGUUCAUAACUCUGUCAUUUAUGCCGCUUAUUGAGAAAAGUUCUCUCCUUACUGGGUACCCUCACGACUAGACAUUUAUUGCCUAAUCCAUGGUGCUUUGAGUACUAAAGUUAAGGGGAGAACCCAAAUCCUGAAUGUAAUAUGCAGUGUAACAAUGUAUAGGUAGGAGUAAUUUAAAGGAACACAAAGGGCACCAGAACAACUUCAUUGAAAUGAGGUUGUUAUUUUUUCCCGGAAGUACCUGACACUGGCUUUAGGGUUCACUUCCAUGAGCGUUUUAUCCCCACAUUCUCCUCUCCAGCGCCAGCUCUGCCCCGUCUAACUUCUGUUUGCUGAAAAUCUUGAAAAUGGAAUACGACUCUCUCAGCCAAUCAGUAACUCCCCAUUCAUAAAAACAGCUUGAGAAACGUAUAUCAUUUUUUCACUGCAUUUUGUAAAUGGGCUUCCGCUUGCAAGCUUUUUUUAGAAAGCAGGUGCUGGAGUGGGCAUAGCAAUCUGGCGUUGGAGAGGAGACUGUGCUAUUAAAAUGUUUGUGAACUGUUUAACCACUGAAGGUAAGCCCGUCCCAGCAUAAUAGUUUUGUUUCGAUGCAGUAGUUAUGGUGCAGAGAGUGUUCCUUUAAGAUUCAUACUGUGUAAAGAAUUUUAGUUGGAACACAAGCUGUAGAGCAUGUGCAAAGAUAUAAUAUUUGAGGAGUAUCUCUAGACUCAAGUCUAGUGGGUUAGAUUGCUGUUCACAUCUAGAUUCAGAACAAAAGUGUGAAAGUCUUUGGUUCUUCCUAAAGAGGUAUUACCCGCUACCCUGCAGCGCUUCCUCUGUUUUCUGUUAGAGGAACUACGUUAAGGCUUUUAUUUCUGUGUUAUUUAAAGGGACACUAUAGUCACCAGAACAACUACAGCUUAAUGUAAUUGUUCUGGUGAGUAUAAUAGUUCCCUUCAGGCUUUUUUCAUGUAAACACUAAGUUUUCAGAGAAAAGGCAGUGUUUAAAUUGCCUCUAGGGAAACCUCCAAGUGGCCACUCCUUAGAUGGCCAAUGGAGGUACUUCCUGGAUCAGUGCUGCCAAAAAAGCAGCCCUGAUGUUCAGUGCCCCCACGCUCUGCAUGGUGACGCUGAAUUUUCCUCAUAGAGAUGCAUUGGUUCAAUGCAUCUCUAUGAGGAGGUCCAGGUUGGCCAAAACGGCAUUUGGCCCACCCCCAUGCCGAUUUUAGCCAAUCCAAUGCUUUCCCCAGGGGAAAGCAUUGGAUUGGCUAAAAAUCGGCCAUUUCAAUUAUGUCACAAAGGGGGGCGGAGCCAGCACUGGCAGUCCUGCGUGGUGCUGGAAAUAAGGUGAGUUUUAAACUUUUAUAGGAGGGCUAAGGGGGGGGGGGGAAGCCACCUUAAUGGUGGGUUAAACCCUAUAGGAUCAGGAAUACAUGUUUGUGUUCCUGACCCUAUAGUGUUCCUCCUUUUUUUUUUUUUUAUACAAGCUAAUGCAUUUUCUUUGGGACACAGCAUAGAUAUCUAGCAGAUAGGUGCAUGAUAUUUUAAAUAUCAAUCAUUGCGCAUCUACUAUAAUAUUAAUGGUAUGUAUGUUUCACCCUAACAAUCAUCAAUGAGCACAUUAAUUAUGCAUCAUUAAUGCUAGCAUAAAUCAUUAUGCUCUGCAAGAAGAAUAUAUAAGUACCCAGAUAAUUGAUAUACUGGCAGACAGAUUUAAUACAAUGUUAAAUGUAUACAGUAUACAUAUAUAGCUAUGUACUCAUUCCUAUGUGUGUUUUUCAGGCUCGCUUUCUGCUGUCUAAAGUGAAUCCAUCCCAGACCCACAACAACAUGUAUGGCUGGGGACAGGUCAGUUUUGUCCUGCGUGUUAAAAUAACAAAAAAAAUCUAUAUGUUUGUUUGCUAGUGUAGCAAUGUCAGUGUGUGUAUAAUGAUCCUUUCUUUAAAGAUAUGUUCUACAAUGAUAGGUUUAUAUUUUGGAUGUUGUUGGUUGCUUUAAGUAUGCAUCUGUGGCUCUUUUUGGAGAUUUUGAAGGCUAGCCUCAAGGAUUUAAGGUCUACAUUAACAGUCCAAUCCAGAUGGUUGAGUGAAUAAUAAUUUACCAGGUCUAAUACUUGUUGCUUUUCAUUCAUCAUGUGGUUGGCAUUAGUCCCAUGCCAAAAGAUCAUUUAUUGCAGAAACGUUAAGGGUGAUAGAGUUUCCACCAACAUUCUAAUAAUCAGUCUCAAGUCGUGAAGCUUUUUUUUAAUGUUGUCACCCUUAAUGCUCUGAUAUUAUUACAGAUAUAACAGAACAUUUCACUAAAGUGGAUGUUGGCUAGAACAUUUUUCUAAAUAGCUGCUAAUUCUGGAAUGUGGGUUCAGGAUCAUUAUGUCCUGAAUGUUACAGUGCCAACAUGUAUCAACACUUCUGCUCUGUUAUUGGUUCCCUGCUUGGCAUUGAUUUACUUAAGACGUUGUCAAUGUUUCUUUCAAAGUAAAGGAUUGUCCGAGUGACUUGACAUCACUGAAAAAAUCACAUGCUUGGCCUUGAACUGCUAUGAUUUGACAAACUAUCAGAUUAAGAAAAACUUCUUCAAAGACAUAUAUAAACAUGGGAAGGUAGUGACUGUUUGUUUUUACAUGUAGAUGUUGUUAAAGCAAUGUUGUUAAUCAGUUUAAUUUUAUUACUGAAUUCCACAGUUUGACUAUGACUUCUGCAAUGGCUUUACAUCUUUGCAUUUUAUAGUAGUGUGAUUAUAAUCCUGAUUCUCUUUCAAACAGGAGUCUGGAUCUCCGAUACUUACAGAUGAUGUCAGUCUACAGGUUUUCAUGGAUCAUUUAAAGAAACUGGCUGUUUCCAGCGCUGCCUAAAAAAAACGAAACUUCUAAUUCCCUUCCUUGGGAAAGUUAUUGAUUCGUAUUCAGAUAUCUUUGUAUGGGUCCUGAAUGCUGAAAAAAAUGACUGCUCCUCCAUCUACUCUUCUUCCUCAACAGAACAACAUGUCUGUGACGAUGAACAAUUUCUAAGAGCGAACUGAACAAAAGAAAAAUGUGAAUUUAACACACACACUUUGGAGUACACUUAGUACUUCAAGCUGCGAAAAGUAGACUGUAUUUUGCAGCUGUAGCCCAAGAUGUCCGUAUAGAUAAUAUUUUGAGUAAUUAAGUAAGAAGGGAAAUAGCUAAAAUAUUCAGCGUCAAGGUAAAUAUACACUAAAAACAAAACACUACAUUAGCAAUUUUCCAACAGAUGGCAUCUGCAGCAUAUUGCUGUACAAUAUGAUAAAGCGUUGGAUUUGCAACCCCCGCGCCCCCACCAUAUGCGCUGCCCUUUCUUACAUCAGAGUUAUCCUUUCCUCUGUGUUUUUUUUACACAUUUGCUCGUAAGUUGCUCAACAAUGCUUUGAAAUGUUAGUCAGUAUUCUACAUUGUUGAUUCUAUAUAUUUUUGCAUGCAUUAUUUUUCUGGUUUGUUUUGUUGUGUUUUUUUUUUUUUUCGUUGCAUUUUAUUUCCUCAACUCAUUCUUAUAAUUAAGGAUUUGAAAGACACCAAUUAUGGCUUAUGUCUUGCGUGUAGUGUUUUUGCUGGGUAGCCAGAGGCUUUAUUUAAAGGGGUAUAUUUCUACAAUAUUUCUUUAGUCCAGAAAGACCCAGAAAAGUUUACAUUUUCAUGUUUUAGCCCAUUACUUGCUGCCUAGUUAGAAUAAGAAAUAUUAUAUAUAUCUAUAUAUCCACUGCUUAAUUUCACUUUGUACAAGUUAAAAAAUUUUUAAAUAAACUUGUCCGCUAAUCAUCACAACAAACAUAGCAUACAAUGCAAGGUGAUGUUUUAAACCAAAGUUGAUUUUGAUGGUUUGUAGUCGUGAGCAUUACAUUUUGCCAAUGGUUGGCAAGGGAUUUAACAGAUUUAGAGAUUUUAUAAAAUAGUCUCUUCAGUUUACACCUGUUAUAAUGACAUCAUAUAAACAGUGAAAUGCUUAUUUUCUGUCUUAUUCAAUCGUUUGAAUAAAAUGACUGAUAUCCUCUUGGUGCCUUUA